UAUUCGCAAUCGACCGACGUCUUGGUUGUUAGACUUGGGUUAUAAUGACUUGACUUCUGCUAAAUGAACCCGUGGACUAGUAUAAGUUUUUCGCAGUGGCGUAUUUAUUACUUAUUAGGCGAACGCCGUUACGACGUUUAUAUAAGGACCAGUAACGUCGAGUGACAGUUUUUUUUGUGCGUUGUGCUGCCGGUUGCGGCGUGAUGGAGAAGCAGUCGAGGUGGUCGGAGCAGCGCUCCGAGCAGCGUUCUGAGCAACGUUCUGAGCAGCGCUCCGAGCGGCGCGAGCAGCUCGUGCAGCAGCAGGAGCGCGUGCAGCGCACCGAACACCACUACACCCGGCAGAUGCUCACACAGCAACAAGUGGAGAGCUCGGCUGGUGAUCGUUUGCCUAUCACCCUGGGGAGGCCCGGUGACCCGUCACCGCCGAUCUUUGAACAAAUAUUCAAAAAUGCGAGGUUCGCACAAGGUGGCAAUGCUAAAUUCGAAGGAAAACUGAGAGGAAACCCAACACCCGUAGUAUCAUGGACAAGAAAGAAGGCACCGUUGGUAGAAUGCAAUAAGUACAGUAUGAGUUAUAAUGAACAAACAGGUGACGUGUCGUUGUUGAUCAAACAGAUAGGACCUGGUGAUGAGGGUGAAUAUACAUGUACAGCCCGCAAUCAGUAUGGGGAAGCUAUUUGCUCAGUUUAUAUACAACCUGAGGGCGUCCCCGUACCGGCACACCAGGCAUCACAGCAACAAAGCUACCGACACGUUAGCGAAAGUGUGGAACAUAAAUCCUACGGUACACAGGGGUAUAGUACAGAACAGUCCCGACAAACACAGAAAGUUGCCUACACAAAUGGAAAUGAUUACUCUUCCACAGAAGAUUUCAAAGUAGAUACUUUUGAAUACAGACUCCUGCGAGAAGUUUCAUUCAGAGAAUCUAUCACAAAGAGGUAUUUUGGUGAGACUGAUAUUCAAGUGAGCACAGAAAUCGACAGGUCUCUGGGUGCUGUAGCUCCACCAAAGAUUGCACAGAAACCUCGAAACUCCAAACUUCAGGAGGGUGCUGAUGCACAGUUCCAAGUGCAGCUGUCGGGCAACCCCAGACCGCGGGUGACAUGGUUUAAAAAUGGGCAGAGAAUAGUUAAUUCGAAUAAACACGAAAUCGUUACGACUCACAAUCAAACGACACUUAGGGUAAGAAACACACAAAAGUCUGAUUCCGGUCAUUAUACAUUGUUAGCUGAAAACCCUAAUGGAUGCAUUGUUACUUCUGCUUACCUCGCUGUAGAAUCACCACAAGAAACAUAUGUUCAAGAUAAAUCACAGUAUAUCAUUGAUUCACAACAAACAGGAAUAGAAGAAAGAGUCGAAAUUACUGAAAAAGCUCUCGCUCCACAAUUUGUAAGAGUCUGCCAAGAUCGCGAUGUCACGGAGGGCAAAAUGACGCGAUUCGAUUGCCGCGUCACUGGCAGACCUUACCCAGAAGUCACGUGGUUCAUUAACGAUAGACAAAUACGAGACGAUUAUAAUCAUAAGAUAUUAGUAAACGAGUCAGGUAAUCAUGCACUUAUGAUUACAAACGUCGAACUUAGAGAUAGUGGUGUGGUUACGUGUGUUGCCCGCAAUAAGACUGGAGAAACUUCGUUCCAGUGUAGACUGAAUGUUAUUGAAAAGGAACAAGUUGUAGCGCCCAAGUUCAUAGAACGUUUCAGUACAAUCAGCGUUCGUGAAGGGGAACCGGUGUCGCUGAAUGCGCGAGCAGUGGGUACACCGACACCACGCAUCACAUGGCAGAAGGACGGCGUACAAGUUAUACCCAAUCCCGAGUUACGAAUCAAUACCGAUGGUGGGGCCUCGACGUUGGAUAUUUCGCGUGCCAAGGCGUCGGAUGCGGCAUGGUAUCAGUGCACCGCUCAAAACGUCGCAGGUUCCACCGCUACUCGGGCUAGGCUCUAUGUAGAAGUACCAAAAGAGCCUCCGCCCGAGCAAAAGCGUCUGCACUUACCCCGGCCUACGAAGAUCAUUGAACCUGAGAUUGCACCUGGUCCAGAAGUUAUAUAUUUAAGGCAUGUGGAAAGAGCAAGACCUUACGUUCCUCCAGGAGAGGAAGACCGCGUCUAUCCUCCGCCACAGUUUAUCGUGCCACUUAAAAGUAUAACACAAAUGGAGGGUGGCAAAAUACACUUUGAGACGAGGAUAGAGCCGGUCGGCGAUCCAACGAUGAAGAUAGAGUGGUUAAGGAAUGGUCAAAGUAUCGAAGCAAGUUCAAGGUUUACUUCAGUAUUCCGUUUUGGUUAUAUUUCUCUUGAUAUGCUCAGUCUAAAUAUUCAAGAUAGUGGAGAAUAUACAUGUAGAGCUGUUAGUGCAACAGGAGUUGCUGAGACUAAAGCUGUAUUACAAGUAACUCCGAGAGCUACAAUCGAGAGAACUAGUCAACAUCCAGAAAGUUUGCAAUACAUUCAGCAGUUAGAAGAUUAUUCUAGAUAUCAACACCAAGAAUCACUCGAAGAGCAAUCUUCACAGAGGCCUCAAUUUAUUAGGCCGUUACAAGACUUAGGUGAGCUACAAGAAGGAAGAAAUGCCCAUUUUGAGGCUCAAUUGACUCCGGUCAGUGAUCCUACUAUGAGAGUGGAAUGGUAUAAAGAUGGCAGACCAAUUACAGCCAGCUCGCGAAUCACGUCAAUCUUCAACUUCGGUUACGUCUCCCUUAACAUCUUGCACCUACGGGCUGAAGAUGCAGGUUCGUACACAGUGAGGGCUGUUAAUAAAUUAGGUGAAGCUAUCAGUACCGCUUCCAUCAAAGUAGCUGCUAGAAGUACUGUGACUGCUGAUCUAGGUAUUCCAGAACAGCGGCGAUACAUUGAGAAGACUGAGCAACUAGAAGCUUAUCAACAGCAACAACACCAAAAAUAUUAUCAAGAAGUUCCUGAAAGUACACAGAGACCAGAAUUUAAAACUCCGAUAAGGGAUCAAAUUAAUAUUAAGGAAGGAGGUUUCGCUCACUUUGAGGCUCGUUUGGAGCCAGUAGGAGAUUCAACAUUAAGAGUAGAAUGGUUAAAGGAUGGACGUCCUGUUGAAGCUAGUUCGAGAAUAACUACGUUCUUUAAUUUCGGUUAUGUCGCAUUGACUAUCAAAUCAGUGACCAUUCAUGACGCAGGUCACUAUACUUGCAGAGCAUAUAAUGCACUUGGGCAAGCAACGACUAGUGCAAAUCUUUCAAUUGUUACUAAGAAAGAUAUUAUUGCUGAGUCACAACACCCUGGUGGGUUGGAAAAAAUUCAACACCUUGAAGAUUCCAGCAGAUAUAUAAGAAGAGCUGAGGAAGAUAUCAAAGUGACCCAGAAGCCUCGGUUUUUGGGACCUUUGAAAGGCACAAACAAAAUUGUUGAAGGACAAAGUGCUCAUUUUGAAGCAAGAGUAGAGCCACAGAGUGAUUUAACAAUGUCAAUUGAAUGGUACUUCAAUGGAAAAGUAAUUAAGACUGCUAAUCGUAUACAGACAUACCACGAUUUUGGUUAUGUCGCCUUAGAUAUUUCGAGCGUACGAUCAGAAGAUACUGGUGUUUACACAGUAGUAGCUCGUAACGCCGCUGGUGAAGCUCAACUUAGUGCAUCCAUGACGGUGGAAACACGUUCGAGUAUCGACACUUCAAGUAUUCAUCGUGGUUUAUAUGAAAAAACAAGGCAAAUGGAAGAAUCUAAAUUUGUGGAACCUAUGUAUCAGAUCGAAGAGAUCUCGAAAUCUAAACCAAUUUUUGUACAACCCUUAUCAGAUCCUAAACCCGUAUCUGAAGGAAAAAACAUUCAUCUUGAAUGUAGGCUUGAACCUAUGGGUGACCCAACUAUGAGAGUUGAAUGGUUCCACAAUGGCAGAGCAAUUACAGUAGGCUCCAGAUUUAAAACUUACUAUGACUUUGGUUUUGUAGCAUUGGACAUUAUUCAUGCUACAUCUUCUGAUACUGGAGAAUAUACUGUAAGAGCAGUAAACCAUCUAGGUUCAGCGCACACAUCAGCAAUGGUACGCGUUAUUGAACGUUCCGACAUUCUAACUGAAACGCAAAAUGAGCAAGCGGUUGAGCAAAUACAGAUGCUCGAAGACGCUGCACGAAGAAAUAGACAAGUACAAGAGGACAUCACAGUUCAACAAGCACCGCAGUUCUCCAGAGCAUUACAUAACAUCGAGACAGUUGAGGGAACUAAUGUACACUUAGAAUGCAGAUUACAACCAGUUGGAGACCCAACCAUGAGAGUUGACUGGUUCUGUAAUGGUAGACCCAUUAAAACAGGUCACAGAUUCAGACCUGCUUAUGAAUUUGACUAUGUGGCACUAGAUUUAUUAAGUGUUUAUCCUGAGGAUUCGGGAGUAUACACAUGUCAGGCUACUAAUCAGCUUGGAGAAGCAGUGACAUCUUGUGCUCUUCGUGUUAUUGCAAAGAAGGAUUUAAUUCUUGACUCGCAACAUCCAUCUGGACUUGAGAGGAUUCAAUACUUAGAAGAUGCUUCGCGUUAUAAAAAGUCCGAAGUAAUUGAUGAAUCUAUCAAUAUUAAACCUCAUUUUAUCACUAAACCUAAAUCAAUUGAUAAUGUUAUCGAAGGUAAUCAUGUUCAUUUUGAAUGCAAACUUGAACCAGUUACAGAUUCCAACCUAAAAGUUGAGUGGUUCAAGAACGGGCAACCAGUCACCAUCGGUCACAGAUUCCGACCUAUACAUGAUUUUGGAUACGUGGCUCUAGAUAUUAUAGACUUGAUUGCCGAAGAUUCAGGGAUCUAUACAUGCCGAGCUGUAAAUUUAGUAGGUACAGACGAAGUAAGCUGCAAAUUGAAUUGUAGAAGUACAGCUGAUAUUGUAAGAGCAACUCAAAACGAAGCUGGAUUAGAACAAAUCCAUCAUCUGGAAGACAGAUCUAAAUACCAGAGAACUGAUGUCAUUGACGAAGUCACGACACAAGCACCAAUAUUUACUACUUCUUUGAAAAACAUUGAAAUCAAGGAAGGUCAAAGAGCUCAUUUUGAAUGUAGACUUAUACCAGUAUCUGACCCAACGAUGAAGGUGGAGUGGUAUCACAACAAUAAACCUCUUAAGAGUGGAUCCAGGUUUACAGAAACAAACAACUUUGGAUUUGUUGCCUUAGAUAUUAUGUCAUGCUUACCUGAAGAUUCUGGUACAUAUACAUGCAGGGCUAUUAAUGCUCUCGGUGAAGCUGUUACUUCUGGUAUAGCAAUCGUACAUUCCAAGAAAUCUAUUUACUUAGAGUCGCAACAUGAAGGUGCUCUGACAAGGCUGAAUCAACUAGAAGAUACUUCUAGAUAUCAAAGACACAGUGCACAGGAUGAAAUGAUAAGUCAAGCACCUGUGUUUACAAUGCCAAUGAAAGAUAUAAGAGUAGCUGAAAAUCAAGCUGCACACUUUGAAGCAAGACUUAUUCCUGUAGGAGAUUCAAAACUCCGAGUAGAAUGGCUACGCAACGGCGUACCAAUUGAAGCAUCAAACCGGCUUACUACAAUGCACGACUUUGGAUAUGUAGCUCUCAACAUGAAAUAUGUUAAUCCUGAAGAUUCUGGUACUUAUACUUGUCGGGCAAUUAACGAACUAGGAGAAGCUGUCACCUCAUCCACGCUUUUUGUUCAAUCCAAAGCAUCCUUGCAAUUAGAAUCACAACAUGAAAGUGCAUUGGAAAAGAUUCAGCAACUGGAAGAUUCGUCACGUUAUCAGCGCAGAGAAGACAUUGAUGUUGCAGUUAAUCAAGCUCCUCGCUUUGUCACUCAACUAAAUGGGCCAUCAAAGCUUGUAGAGGGCCAAAGCGCACACUAUGAAUGUCGCAUCGAACCUUAUCCAGACCCGAACAUGCGUGUUGAGUGGUAUUUUAAUGGAAAAGUACUGCAAAGUGGACACCGCUACCGAACAGCAUAUGACUUUGGAUUUGCUGCUCUUGAUAUCCUUACAGUUUAUGGAGAAGAUUCUGGUGAAUACACUUGCAAGGUCAUUAACAAUUUGGGACAGGCUAUUUCGUCCAUAAAAUUGAAUGUACAAUCCAAGGAAUCGAUUAUAAGGGACACUCAACACGAAAGCGCGUUAGAAAAAAUUCAGUAUCUCGAAGAUGACAGCAGAUACAGAAAAGUUGUACGUGAUGAAAGUUUUGUUGCUGAAAAACCACAAUUUGGAAAGCCUCUCAAAAACGCAGAAGUAGCUGAAGGAAAACCAGUACAUCUUGAGGCUACUCUUACACCAGUCAAUGAUCCAACAAUGCGUGUUGAGUGGUACUGCAAUGGACGUCCAAUACAACAAGGCCACCGCUUCAAGACCACUUACGACUUUGGCUAUGUGGCGCUCGACAUUCUAUAUGCUUAUGCUGAAGACACUGGCACCUACAUGUGCAAAGCAACUAAUGCCGUAGGUGAAGCUGUAACCACAAGUUCAGUGAAAGUAAAUGCUAAAUCUGGGCUUUAUCUUGACACUCUGGAUGAACAAAGAUUAAGAAAGAUUCAAGAGCUAGAGCGGUAUGAGAGACCAACAGCUGUUGAAGAAGAAAAACCAGGGCAGAGGCCAGUGUUCCUCACUGCAUUAACCAGUUUAGAAAACUUAAAGGAGGGUGACCAUGCCCACUUUGAGUGUAGAGUUGAACCGAUUAACGAUCCCGAUUUGAAGAUCGAAUGGUUCCUCAAUGGUCAAAAACUUAAAACAGGCCAUAGAUACAGAACCACUCAUGAUUUUGGUUAUGUUGCUUUGGAUAUUCUGUACUCUUAUUCUGAAGACUCGGGAACAUAUAUGUGUAAAGCUACAAACAAACUUGGAGAAGCUGUUAAUACAUGCACGUUGAAGGUUGCAGGGCAUAGAAGUAUCAUCUUCGACACUCAACAUCCGAAUGGCUUGGAAAAAAUAAGACAGUUAGAAGCACAAGGUCACCAUACUAGAUUAGAAGUUGAAGAACCUAAGAUUAGUCCGCCUAGAUUUGUUACUGAGUUGAGAGGAACAACUCAUGUAUUCGAAGGCAAAACAGCACAUUUCGAAUGUCAAGUUGAGCCUGUACAAGAUCCUAAUCUACGUAUAGAAUUUUAUCAUAAUGGCAAAGCCCUGCAAUCUGCGUCACGGUUCCAUAUCACUUUUGAUUUUGGUUAUGUGUCAUUGGAUAUUCAACACUGUGUACCUGAAGAUGCCGGCGAAUACUCAGUUAAGGCUAUUAACGCUCUUGGACAGUGCACUUCAGCAAUAUCUAUGACUGUAACCGCAAAAGGUAGUAUUAUAUCGGAAUCACAACGUCCUGAAGGUCUAGAGAAAAUACGAGAGCUAGAAUCAGCGGAACCAUUUAAACGCCCCGAAAUACCUGAACCAGUUACAAGGCAGAGGCCUGUCUUCACGCAGCCUCUUCAAAACAUCGACAACAUUCAAGAAGGACAGACUGCACACUUUGACUGUAGACUUAUCCCUGUUGGUGAUCCCACACUCAAAGUAGAAUGGUUCCGAAAUGAAAAACUUAUUGAAGAUAGUUCUAGAAUAACCAAAACACACGACUUUGGUUAUGUAUCUAUGACCAUAACCCAUGUGCGUGAUGAAGAUGAAGGUGUUUACAUGUGCAGAGCAUCCAAUCUACUAGGAGAGGCCGUCACAACCGCCGCUAUGAGAAUAAAAACUAAAGCGGCUAUUCAAUUGGAUACCCAACACCCAGAGGGCAUGAGAAAGAUUCAACAGCUGGAGGAACCCCAACCUAAGAGGCGCGAGGAGCCUGACCGCGAAUUUGAAAAACCUAUUUUUACACAAGUGCUUACAGGACCAUCUGAACUUUGGGAAGGACAGCAUGCACAUUAUGAAGCUCGCGUUGUUCCCGUAGGUGACCCAAGCUUGCGUUUCGAAUGGUAUAUAAAUGGCGUAGAACUUAAGAUGGGGUCUAGAUUCCGUACAACGCAUGACUUUGGAUUUGUCACAUUAGAUAUUAAUUCGGUGGUCGCUCAAGAUGCUGGACUAUAUAUGUGUAAAGCCAUUAAUAGAGCAGGCAGUACAGUAUCUUCAACCUCUCUUAAAGUCAAAACCAAAUCAACUAUUGUUGACCAAGCAAUGAGACCCGAAUCUUGGGAACAAAUUCAACUUAAAGAAGCGGCGAUGAAUAAAGUUCCAGAGAUGUUUGUAGACAGCGGCGUUCAACAAGCUCCAAUCUUUACAACACACCUCAAGAGCUAUGAUAAAUUGGUUGAAGGACAACAUGUAUAUCUGGAAGCCCAGGUUGAACCACGUACCGAUCCUAAUUUAAAAAUCGAGUGGUUCAAAAAUGGAGUAUCUUUAACUACUGGGUCACGCUUAAAGAGUUCGUUUGAUUUUGGCCUUGUGACUCUUUCAAUUAAUGGUUUGAGAAUUGAUGAUUCCGGUAUUUAUACUUGCAAAGCUACAAAUCUUGCGGGAGAAGCUGUUUCCACGGCUUCAAUUAAGAUUGAAGAUCGUCAUUGGCUUUUAGGAGAGUCUCUUCAUCCAGAGUCAUUAGAUAGAAUAGGCGCUUUGGAACAGCCUAAAGCUCUCAAACCAGAGUCUCCUGAGCCAGUUUACGAGACGCCAGUAUUUAUUUCACACUUAAAUAAUAUAUUAUGCAAAGAAGGCGACAAUAUUCACUUCGAAUGUAAUGUAGAACCAUCGAGAGAUCCUACACUUAAAAUCGAAUGGUUCUUUAAUAAUAAACCAUUACCCUCUGGUACAAGGUACAAGAGUACCCAUGAUUUCAGUUACGUCUCAUUGGAUAUUACACAUACUUACGAAGAGGAUUCCGGUAUCUAUACUUGUAAGGCUACAAACAGCAAAGGUUCUGCCACAACUUCAGGCUCUCUUAGGUGUACUGGUGAUAAACACAUUUAUUUGGAUACCCAGCAUCCACAAGGUAAAGCUGGUCUAGAUGCUGUUGAACAAGCAGAAGAAGCUAGAUUAUCUAAAGGUAGGAGACCCUCGGUACCUGAUGCUGAAUAUCCUAAACCAGAGUGGGUUGUACCAAUUGCUGCCGAGCACCAGUUGAUUGAAGGACAAGCACUUCAUUUAGAAGGGCAAGUUGAACCUAAAAAUGACCCAAAUCUAAAGAUAGAAUGGUAUUUCAAUGGAAAGGCACUAGAACAAGGUUCUAGAUUUAAAUUGACAAGCGACUUUGGUUUUGUUACUCUUGAUUUGAUAGACGUUUAUGAACGAGAUAGUGGCAUCUAUACAUGUAAGGCAUACAAUAAGCGAGGCGAAGCGUUUACUUCAUCUACAAUAUAUUGCAGUAGUAAAGAAAAUCUUAUUGAAAGGACUCAACAUCCAAAGGGAACAGAAGGCUUAGAGAAAAUUCAGAACCUCGAAGAUUCUCUGCGUAGAGAGCCAGGUCAAAAAGCUGAUGACGAUACUGGUAGGCCACCUGAAUUUACAACUGUGUUCCAGGACAUAAUUGAUAUAAGUGAAGGCCAAAUAGCUCAUUAUGAAGCUUCAUUAAUACCAACAGGAGACCAAAGUAUGACCAUUGAAUGGUUCUAUAAUGGAAAGACUAUAGAAGCUAGUCAUAGGAUUAGAACCGUAUAUGCAUUUGGCAUGGUAGUCCUGGAAAUUCUUGGAACUAAAACUACUGACUCUGGUACUUACUCUUGCCGAGCUACCAAUCGUUGGGGUCAGGCUGAAAUAAGCGUUAAACUUGAGUGUGUCGAUAAAAGUAAAGGACAGAAGCCAAGGUUCACUACUCACAUUCAGAGUAUUGAUGGACUUAAGGAUGGUCAGUCAGCUCACUUUGAAUGUACAGUUGUUCCUGUAGAUGAUCCAGAUAUGAAGAUAGAAUGGUAUCAUAAUGGUCAACCAUUACGUCACUCGAACAGGAUUAAAACAGUUUCUGAUUUCGGUUUUGUAGUUCUCGACAUAGCAUAUACUCAGAAUCAUGACACAGGAGAAUACGUUUGUCGAGCUUACAAUAAAUAUGGAGAAGAUUUUACUAAAGCAACUAUCAACUGUUACGGCAGGAGUGGAGUUUACUAUGAUAGCUUACAGCCUGACUCAUUGACCAAGAUCAGGGAGUUGGAAAGUCUGCAAGGGGUACAGCAACAAACUCAAUCUACUGCUUCAGCAGAACCACCGAAAUUCUUGACACAAAUACAAGACGUUACAAAAUUAGUCGAAGGUCAAAGUGCUCACUUUGAAGCCCGAUUGGUACCCGUAGAUGAUCCAGAUCUAAAAGUUGAAUGGUUCUAUAAUGGCAAGAAACUGCCACACGGUCACAGAUACAGAACUUUCCAUGACUUCGGAAUUGUUAUUUUGGAUAUUCUAUAUUGUUAUGAAGAAAAUUCAGGUGAAUAUGAAUGUGUCGCAACCAACAAAUUGGGUCGUGAUUCAACAAAGGCUACCCUGAAAUGCACGUCGAAGGAAAAUUUGAUCUUGGACUCGCAACUGCCGCGGGGCAUGGAAGGUGGAUUAGAAAAACUUCAAACAUUGGAAGAUUCAAUGGUACGAAGGAAGGAUACUACCGUGGAGGAAGAAAGAGGAAAAGCUCCAGUCUUCACUGUUCCGUUAUCUAAUAUUGAAAAUCUUAGAGAAGGAGAAAAUGCUCAUUUUGAAGCUCGUCUGACACCAACUGAUGAUCCAAACCUGAAAGUGGAGUGGUAUUGGAAUGGUAAAUCUCUAAAAGCUGGGUCACGAUUCAGAACAUUCUGUGACUUUGGGUUUGUCAUUCUUGAAAUAUCUCCGACUUACCCUGAAGAUUCAGGUGAAUAUCUUUGCAGAGCUUACAAUAACUAUGGAGAAGCUGUAACGACAGCAACGAUGAAAGUUCAAGGGAAACGUAAUAUCAUUCUGGAAUCUCAGCUUCCUAAGGGAAUGGAGGGGACUAUUGAUAAGAUUGCAGCCCUAGAAGGUUAUACUGGCGCCGUCGAUUCCCUCACCCCAGAAGCCGAGACGGGAAAUCCACCUGAGUUCACAACCACACCCUCUGAUCUUAUACUAUCAGAAAACUCUUCAGCUCAUUUCGAGUGCAGGCUGGUGCCAGUCAAUGACUCAAGUAUGAGAGUGGAAUGGUUCCACAAUGGGAAGCCUUUAUUAACGGGAUCAAGAGUAAAGACUAUUAAUGACUUCGGAUUUGUUAUAUUAGAGAUUGGAGGUGUCUAUCAACGUGACGCUGGCCUUUAUACUUGCAAAGCUACUAACCGUCACGGUGAAGCUACUGUGUCUUGCAAAUUACAAGUCAAAGGUAGACAAGGUAUAAUUCUUGAACCACAGUUACCUUCACAUUUUAAGUCUGGAACCGAAAGUAUUCAAAAGUUGGAAGAAACCCUUCAUAAACGAGAAGAAAUCACAAUCGAGGACGAAAAGCCUAAUCCACCCAAAUUCACAGUUGAAAUUAAAGAUAAUUUAGAUGUUCCAGAAGGUGGACCAAUACAUUUCGACUGUCGCGUUGAGCCCGUCGGAGAUCCUACAAUGAGAAUUGAUUGGUUCCAUAAUGGUCGACCAUUUGCUACGGGAUCCCGAGUGCACAUGCUCAAUGACUUUGGUUUUAUUGCUUUGGAUAUUGACUACAUCUAUGCUCGUGAUGCGGGCGAAUAUACUUGCCGAGCUACAAAUAGAUGGGGUUCUGCAACUACAACAGCCAAAAUUACAUGUAGCUCAAAACGUGACAUUGUUUUGGAGUCACAGUUGCCACAGGGAAUGAGCGGAGAAAAGAUUAAAGAACUUGAAAGAGGACGCAUUAGUGAUGCUCCCAAAGAAGAACCUGUUGUCAGUUCUCCGCCUAAGUUUAUAACACAAAUUCAGUCGCACACUGUGGAAGAAUCCGAAGGUGUUCGUUUUGAGUGCCGCGUAGAACCGAAGGAAGAUCCUAAACUCCGAAUUGAAUGGUACCGUAAUGGAAAGCUUUUACCGUCAGGGCAUAGAUAUCGUACUGUCUAUGACAUGGGCUUCGUUUCACUCGACAUUUUAUACGUAUAUGCAGAAGAUUCCGGCGAAUAUGUAUGCCGAGCUGUAAAUGACUUCGGGGAAGAUUUCACUAAAGGAACUGUUUCAUGCAAACAACUACCUGAUAUUAUUUUGCAAAACCAAGUGCCACGUGGUAUGAAAAGAUCUGAAGCUCUUACGCAAAUGGAAGCUACCAUUAAAAAAUAUACUUCAGAAAUAUUCCUUACUGAAGAUGACCUCUACGACGCUGAUAAGAAGCAACCACCUCGAUUCGUCACUCAAAUUCAAAGUCAGACAACUCUAGUUGAAAUGGAAUCUACAAAAUUCGAAUGUCAACUCGCACCUGUAGGAGAUCCCAACAUGAAAGUUGAAUGGUUUUUCAAUGGAAAACCAUUACUGCAUAAAAAUCGUUUUACCCCAAUCUACGAUUUCGGCUACGUGGCUAUGAACUUUGGUUGGGUUUAUCCAGAGGACAGCGGUGAAUAUGUAUGCCGUGCCACAAACUUGUACGGAAUGGAUGAAACUCGAGCAGUUAUAAAGACCGCUGGGAAGCCAGGAAUUGUCUAUGAUUCACAACUACCCAAGCAUAUGAAGAGUAUUGAAAAAAUCAGAGAGAUGGAAGCUUCUUGGCAAAUAGCCCCAGAACAGGCGGUGGAAGCUGAGAAGGCUCGAUCAGCUCCUGUCUUUGUAAGCAGACCUGACCCAGUUACUGUUGAAGAAGGUGAAUGGGCUCGUUUUUGCUGUCGUGUGACUGGACAUCCAAAGCCGCGUGUAAUGUGGCUUAUCAACGGAAACACCAUUGUUAACGGUUCCAGAUACAAACUGACCUAUGACGGCAUGUACCACUUUGAUAUACCAAAAACUAGGCAAUAUGACACUGGUAAAAUAGAAGUUAUCGCCAGAAGCUCAGUGGGUGAAGCUUUAGCAACAACAGAGCUAAAAGUCAUCCCAAGGCACGAUGAUUAUAGAGGAGUAUUGAAAAACGCACCAAGACCUUGGUAUGAUGAAACGACACAGUAUCAGCGUUCGGGAACUGAACUAGAAAAAACAUUUGAAGAAAGGCAAACAUUACAAAGGCAAGGCGUUAUUGAUCACAGACCUGAGUUGAAACCCAAAAUAAUUAAAGAACCAGAAACAGAAUGGCAACAGACCGUGAAGAAGAAGAAAAGCGAAGAAUAUUACAAUAAACUUCAAGAGCUUGAAAAUGAGCAAGUAGUGAAAGAGAGCAGACUAAGAGAAUCAACACAUCAGUAUGCUAUUCCAGGAGAAAAGAUUGCAAGCAGUUCCUUGGCUAAAGGCAUGGCCCAAAAAUACGAGACUAACUUGGAACAAACCGACGAAGUGAUUGAACAACAAGUGCACAAGAAAGUUGUUCAAAAACCUAGAAUUCCAGACCCCUUAGAAUCUACAGUCCAUGGCAAAGAAGUGCAUGUUGCAAAACAAAAGCAAGUUCAAAAGGAAGUUGUUGGCGAUACUGAAAUUACACGAAAAAUAACUUCUACAGAGACAACGGAAGUCGAACACAAAGCACAGACACAAGAAAGAGUAGUAGAAGGACCUGUGAAACCAUCCAAUCCACCAGUUUUCACUAAAAAGAUGCAACCUUGUCGUGUGUUUGAACAUGAGCAAGCAAGAUUCGAAGUGGAAUUUGAUGGAGAUCCAUUGCCUACAAUUAAAUGGUAUCGUGAAAAUUUCCCAAUUAAGAACUCGGCAGACUUCCAAAUCCAUACAUUCAGCACGAAAUCUAUCCUUAUCAUAAGACAAGUGUUCAUCGAGGACUCGGCAGUAUUUUCUGCGGUCGCAGAAAAUAGAGGCGGUACAGCUAAAUGUAGCGCCAAUUUGGUCGUAGAAGAACGCCGGCGUCAAGGAAGAGGUGGUGUCAUACCUCCUAGCUUUACCCUUACAGCGCAAAAUGUCAAUGUGACCGCUGGACAACUUGUGAGAUUCGACACAAAAGUUACAGGCACUAAACCAAUCGACGUGUACUGGCUGAAAAAUGGAAAGAAAGUACAACCAGACAUCAGAAAUAAGAUUUUAGAAGAAGAUGGAACAUACACUCUCCUCAUUUUGGAAGCUUAUCCACAAGAUUCUGGAAAAUAUGAAUGUGUAGCAAUCAACAGUGCCGGUGAAGCAAGAUGUGACGCCGAGUGUUUAGUUAAUGCUCCGGCAACUAAAGAAAAGCCGAAACCGCAAUCUAAAGCAGCUAAUGCGCCUCCUGAAAUAAUAGAGCCCCUCAAAGAUAAAGUAGUAACUGAGGGACAAGCUAUAGAAUUCAGUUGCAAAAUUGUAGGUAAACCUACUCCUACCAUUCAGUGGCAUAAGGGUGACAAAUUGAUUAAACCAUCAAAAUACUUCCAAAUGUCUAGAGCAGCUGAUGAAUACACUUUACGCAUAUCGGAGGCCUUCCCCGAAGACGAAGGCGACUACAAAUGUGUUGCUUAUAAUUCUGCCGGACGAGUCACUGUCGCUGCGAAAUUGCGAGUCAAUCAGCCAGAUCAAGGAGAUAACUUACCAACUCUCACACCCCUUCGAGAUGUUGUCGUUUACGAAGGACAACCAGCCCAAUUCAAGACAAAUAUAACCAGUAAAACCAAGCCAAAUAUCCAAUGGCUUCGUGAAGGCGCUCUCAUUCCCGAGACUCCAGAUUUCCAGAUGAUCCAUGAGGGUAAUAAUGCAGUACUUCUGAUCGGUAACACCUAUGAGGAGGACACCGGCAUCUUCACAUGUCGUGCUACUACCGCUGCCGGCCAAGCCGAGACCUCGGCAAAACUAGUCGUCAAAAAAUCACGGCGUACAGUUUCUCAAAAAAAGUUUCAAGAAAAAAUUGACUCUGAAGCACUGACAUCUGAAGAGGGCAGCAUAAUUUUAAAUAGACAAUUAUACCAAUCUACAGAAGAGGCAAACAUUUUGAGAUUGAAAAAUGUUGAAAAUGUUCAAACAAGAACUACGUCAGUUCCUUGGCGUACACAAAGUGAAAGCAAAAAAGGAGAGUCAAUGAAGGAAGAAAAAUUAGAAGUUAACUAUUGGAGAAAGCCUCGACAAGACGAUAAAAAUAUUCAGAAAAUGUUAACUACCGAAGAUACAACAAUCUUAAAAGUAGACGAACAAAAUGUUUUAAAAUCUGAGGAAAAACAGAAAAUAAUAAUAGAAGAAAACCUUACGACCAAAGCAUGGAGAAAACCAAGAGAACAAUUAAAGCCCGAAACGGAAAUAAGAGAGGAAGAUAAACAUGAUAUUCGGUCUUCCCAACAAUUGAGAAAACGAAGCAGUGAAGAAAAGCAAAUACGACGUUCAAUAGACGAACAGAAAGUAGCAACGCCAUGGACUGAAGAAUGUAUAAAGUUACGGCCGACGAAGGUAGAGAAGAUACCUGUCACGAAAGAAAAAUUAGAAGAUGUGAGUCUAAGGCCAGUAAGAAAGGACUCUGUUCCCAAAUCAGAAACAAUAAUCAUAGAAGAGUCAGUAACACGAGAAGAAGAUACAGUCAUUCUUAAAUUGUCUGAAGAUAUAGACAUUGACAAAACGGAAUCUAAGGAUGAUCUCCACCUUAUACCGACUUCCAAGCUAAAGGCGCCCGAAGAUAAGAAACUAGAAGAGGUGCAACUGAAACCAACUAAGAAACAAAAGCAAAUAGAAGAGGCACAGCCAGAGGAAGUUACAUGGCGCACAGGUAAAAGGCGGCCCAAGGAAGAAGAACCUAAAGAAAAAGUUGUUCUUAAGCCCAUUCCUAAGCCAAAGGUAUCAGAAGAGGAAACACCAGAAGAGGUGCAACUGAAACCAACUAAGAAACAAAAGCCAAUAGAAGAGGCACAGCCCGAGGAAGUUACAUGGCGCACAGGAAAGAGGCGGCCCAAGGAAGAAGAACCUAAAGAAGAAGUUGUUCUUAAGCCCAUUCCUAAGCCAAAUGUACUGGAAGAAGAGAAACCAGAAGAGGUGCAACUGAAACCUAUAAAGAAACAAAAGCCAAUAGAAGAGGCACAACCCGAAGAAGUCACAUGGCGCACAGGAAAGAGGCGGCCCAAGGAAGAAGAACCUAAAGAAGUUGUUCUUAAGCCCAUUCCUAAGCCAAAGGUACUAGAAGAGGAAAAACCGGAAGAGGUGGAACUGAAACCGACUAAGAAACAAAAGCUAAUAGAAGAGGCACAGCCCGAAGAAGUCACAUGGCGCACAGGGAAGAGGCGACCCAAGGAAGAAGAACCUAAAGAAGAAGUUGUUCUUAAGCCCAUUCCUAAGCCUGAGGUACCAGAAGAGGAAAAACCGGAAGAGGUGGAACUAAAACCAACCAUGAAACAAAAGCCAAUAGAAGAAGCACAGCCAGAGAAAGUUACAUGGCGCACAGGAAAGAGGCGGCCCAAGGAAGAAGAACUUAAAGAAGAAGUUGUUCUUAAGCCCAUUCCUAAGCCAAAGGUACCAGAAGAGGAAAAACCAGAAGAGGUGGAACUGAAACCAACAAAGAAACAAAAGCCAAUAGAAGAGGCACACCCAGAGGAAGUUACAUGGCGCACAGGAAAGAGGCGGCCCAAGGAAGAAGAACCUAAAGAAGAAGUUAUUCUUAAGCCCAUUCCUAAGCCAAAGGUACCAGAAGAAGAGAAACCAGAAGAGGUGCAACUGAAACCAACAAAGAAACAAAAGCCAAUCGAAGAGGCACAGCCCGAACAAGUCACAUGGCGCACAGGAAAGAGGCGGCCCAAGGAAGAAGAACCUAAAGAAGAAGUUGUUCUUAAGCCUAUUCCUAAGCCAAAGGUACCAGAAGAGGAAAAACCGGAAGAGGUGGAACUGAAACCAACUAAGAAACAAAAGCCAAUAGAAGUGGCACAGCCAGAGGAAGUUACAUGGCGCACAGGGAAGAGGCGGCCCAAGGAAGAAGAACCUAAAGAAGAAGUUGUUCUUAAGCCUAUUCCUAAGCCAAAGGUACCAGAAGAGGAAAAACCGGAAGAGGUGGAACUGAAACCAACUAAGAAACAAAAGCCAAUAGAAGUGGCACAGCCAGAGGAAGUUACAUGGCGCACAGGGAAGAGGCGGCCCAAGGAAGAAGAACCUAAAGAAGAAGUUGUUCUUAAGCCCAUUCCUAAGCCAAAGAUACCAGAAGAGGAAAAACCGGGAGAGAUGCAACUGAAACCAACUAAGAAACAAAAGCCGAUAGAAGAUGCACAGCCGGAAGAAGUCAAAUGGCCCACAGGGAAGAGGCGACCCAAGGAAGAAGAAUCCAAGGAAGAAGUGAUACUCAAACCAAUUCCUAAGCCAAAGGUUCCAGAAGAAGAGAAACCAGAAGAGGUGCCACUGAAACCCACUAAGAAACAAAAACCAAUAGAAGAGGCACAGCCAGAAGAUGUCACAUGGCGCACAGGGAAGAGGCGGCCCAAGGAAGAAGAAUCCAAGGAAGAAGUGGUGCUCAAACCAAUUCCUAAGCCAAAGGUUCCAGACGAAGAGAAACCAGAAGAGGUGGCACUGAAACCAACUAAGAAACAAAAGCCAAUAGAAGAGGCACAGCCCGAGGAAGUCAAAUGGCGCACAGGGAAGAGGCGGCCCAAGGAAGAGGAACCUAAAGAUGAAGUUGUUCUUAAGCCCAUUCCUAAGCCAAAGGUACCAGAAGAGGAAAAACCAGAAGAUAUACAACUAAAACCAACAAAGAAACAAAAACCAAUAGAAGAGGCACAGCCAGAGGAAGUUACAUGGCGAACAGGGAAAAGGCGGACCAAGGAAGAAGAACCUAAAGAAGAAGUUGUUCUUAAGCCCAUUCCUAAGCAAAUGGUGCCAGAAGAGGAGAAGCCUGAAAAGGUGCAGCUAAAACCAACCAAGAAACAAAAGCCAAUAGAAGAGGCACAGCCCGAGGAAGUCACAUGGCCCACAGGGAAGAGGCGGCCUAAGGAAGAAGAACCUAAAGAAGAAGUUGUUCUUAAGCCCAUUCCUAAGCCUAAGGUACCAGAAGAGGAGAAACCAACAGACGUGCCUCUGAAAACAACUAAGAAACAAAAGCCAAUAGAAGAGGCACAGCCAGCAGAAGUCACAUGGCCCACAGGGAAGAGGCGGCCUAAGGAAGAGGAACCUAAAGAAGAAGUUGUUCUGAAACCCAUUCCUAAGCCUAAAGUACCAGAAGAGGAGAAACCUGAAGAGGUGCAACUGAAACCAACUAAGAAACAAAAGCCAAUAGAAGAAGCACAGCCUGAAGAGGUCACAUGGCCCACAGGGAAGAGGCGGCCCAAAGAAGAAGAACCUAAAGAAGAAGUUGUUCUUAAGCCAAUUCCUAAGCCAAAGGUACCUGAAGAGAACAAACCAGAAGAGGUGCAACUGAAACCAACUAAGAAACAAAAGCCAAUAGAAGAAGCACAGCCCGAGGAAGUCAAAUGGCCCACAGGGAAGAGGCGGCCCAAGGAAGAAGAACCUAAAGAAGAAGUUGUUCUUAAGCCCAUUCCUAAGCCAAAUGUCUCAGAAGAGGAGAAACCUGAAGAGGUGCAACUGAAACCAACUAAGAAACAAAAGCCAAUAGAAGAAGCACAGCCUGAAGAAGUCACAUGGCCCACAGGGAAGAGGCGGCCCAAGGAAGAAGAACCUAAAGAAGAAGUUGUUCUUAAGCCCAUUCCUAAGCCAAAGGUACCUGAAGAGGACAAACCAGAAGAGGUGCAACUGAAAACAACUAAGAAACAAAAGCCAAUAGAAGAAGCACAGCCUGAAGAAGUCACAUGGCCCACAGGGAAGAGGCGGCCCAAGGAAGAAGAACCUAAAGAAGAAGUUGUUCUUAAGCCUAUUCCUAAGCCAAAGGUUCCAGAAGAAGAGAAACCAGAAGAGGUGCCACUGAAACCAACUAAGAAACAAAAGCCAAUAGAAGAAGCACAGCCUGAAGAAGUCACAUGGCCCACAGGGAAGAGGCGGCCCAAGGAAGAAGAACCUAAAGAAGAAGUUGUUCUUAAGCCCAUUCCUAAGCCAAAGGUUCCAGAAGAAGACAAACCAGAAGAGGUGCAACUGAAACCAACUAAGAAACAAAAGCCAAUAGAAGAGGCACAGCCCGAGGAAGUCAAAUGGCCCACAGGGAAGAGGCGGCCCAAGGAAGAAGAACCUAAAGAAGAAGUUGUUCUUAAGCCCAUUCCUAAGCCAAAGAUACCUGAAGAGGACAAACCAGAAGAGGUGCAACUGAAACCAACUAAGAAACAAAAGCCAAUAGAAGAGGCACAGCCCGAGGAAGUCAAAUGGCCCACAGGGAAGAGGCGGCCCAAGGAAGAAGAACCUAAAGAAGAAGUUGUUCUUAAGCCCAUUCCUAAGCCAAAGGUACCCGAAGAGGACAAACCAGAAGAGGUGCAACUGAAACCAACUAAGAAACAAAAGCCAAUAGAAGAGGCACAGCCCGAGGAAGUCAAAUGGCCCACAGGGAAGAGGCGGCCCAAGGAAGAAGAACCUAAAGAAGAAGUUGUUCUUAAGCCCAUUCCUAAGCCAAAGGUACCAGAAGAGGAGAAACUAGAAGAUAUACAACUAAAACCAACAAAGAAACAAAAGCCAAAAGAAGAACCCAAAGAAGAAGUGGUACUCAAACCCAUACCUAAGCCAAAGGUACCAGAAGAAGAGAAACCAGAAGGGGUGCAAUUGAAACCUGUAGAAAAACAACCUAUACAAGAUGAUGAUAGGGUUGAAGAGAAACGUGAAGCGAUUAUAUCAAAAAAAGAAACUAAGAAGAAAAAAAUUCAAAAUGAAAAAUCUUUAGAAGAAAUUAUUAUAAAAGAAACUGAGGUUGAAAAGCAAAUUCAGGACCAAAAGCCCGAUGAUGUAGAAGAAAUCGUUACUGUAAACGAGCAAAAGAAAAUAGUCCUCAAGAAAAAAUCUAAAAAGAAAGAAGUCGGACCAAUCAUUUUAGAAUCCGUUAAAGCAAUGAAUGUAUUAGAAUCAUCUGAUUUUGAAAUUGUGGUUUCAUUUGAUCAAAAAGAAAACGAUAAGGUGAUGUGGUAUUGUAAUAAUCAUCCCAUGGAGCAAAGCGAUGACUGCGAAAUCAUAACAAAGAAUGGCGAAUCACAUGUUAAAAUUUGUAAUGUCAAUAAGAAGAAAGUAGGAAAAUAUGAAGUGGUCAUAGAGAGAAAUAAUUUGAUUGCUAAGUCAGCAAGUACUGUUAAGUUAGUGAAAUCUUCGGAGGAAUGUCAUAUCUUACCACCAGUGUUUAUAAGACCUCUUAAACCAACAUAUGUAUAUGUAGGUGAGAUAGUGUUACUGGAAACCGAAGUUACUUCUAGUCCAUGCGCUUCAUUCCAAUGGUUCAUAGAUACUAAAGAAGUUUUAUCGUAUGCAAAAGAAAAAAAGUUAAAAAAUUUAUAUGUGACAAACAGGUCUAACGUGUCAUGUUUAUGCAUCGAAAAUAUCAAUCAAGAACUAGCAGGAGUUAUAACCUGCAGAGCUGAAAAUUUCGCAGGAUCAGUUUCAAGUUCUGCAUCAAUAAUACUAUUAGAUAAAGUACAAGAUUGUCCUGGCGAGCCACCAAAAUUAACUAAGGAACUAGUUUCAACAACUGUUAUGGAUGGUGAGGCUAUAGUUCUUUCAUGUGAAGUCAAAGGUAAACCUUGGCCAAAAAUUGAGUGGUCUCAUGACGGAAAGCAUAUUGAUCAAGCAAGAGACAUAAUUUUCGCUCGUCAGGAAUCCGGUUUAUGCGAAUUGUGUAUAAAAGAAGCUUUCCCUGAAAUGUCAGGAACGUAUAUUUGUACAGCAACAAAUGAAUUCGGAACCUGUGAAAGCAAAUGUAUUUUGAAUGUUGAAGCAUAUGAAUAUGUUCCAAGCGCAUCAGAAGAAGAUAUAUUAAGCGAUGAGAAAACAAGCGAUUUAGAAGAAUUCGCACCUCGUAUUGUCAAAGCGUUGCCAACUGUCAUUACAACUACUGAAGGCGAACUUACUAGGUUGGAAGCAAAAGCUAUAGGUGUUCCGAAACCCGAAAUAAGGUGGCUAAAGCACGGAGUAGAAAUAAAACAUUCUCAAGAAUAUCAAAUAGAAGAAAUAGAAGAUGGAACAUCUAUUCUUAUCAUUCCUGAAGUUUAUCAAGAUGACAGUGGCGAAAUUAAAUUCGAAGCAUACAAUCCCCUCGGAGUGACAUCUACAAUUGCAGCACUGUCCGUCGAAAGUAUAAUCGGCACUAAAGAGUAUAGAAAACCUGAAUGGGUUACCCACAUGGAAGAAUUACAAGCUGCUUUGAAAGCGACUCAAUCGGUUCCAACAUUUGUCAAAGAUAUCAUGGGUGAACGAGUCCACGAAGAGGAAACAGUAACGUUUGAGGCCGUUUAUAGUGGGAAUCCGCUUCCAGAAAUACUGUGGUAUAAAGAUGAUAAAGUUAUAAGAAGUGAUGACCGGUAUAUAAUUGAAAAUCAAGAUAACCGUACAACAUGUACCAUUAGAAAAGCAACGAAAGAUUUAGAAGGAACAUAUACAUGUAAAGCAGUAAGUGAAAUUGGUAUGGCUAUGACCAAAGCUAAACUACAAGUAUUUAAGGAAGGAGAAAAAAUAAAAAAAGUGAAAUCCGAAAAGGUUACCAAACGUGGUAAAGAAAUUGAAAUUAAGGAAAAAACAAAAGAAACACGUUACGAAACUGCAACAGUAAUUGAGGAAGUUCAGGCAAUCGAUACACCAUCCCCAAUAAAAGAAAUUAAUAAGAAAAAAGCAAAGGUUACAAUUGAUCAAGCAGAAUCUCUAGAAACGAUUGAUGUGGCCUCAUACAAAAAAGUAGAUGAAAAAGAAAAAUCAAGUCCAAAACCAGAUAAACCAGAAUUAGUUGUUACUCCACAUCAGCAUUUAGUAUCAUCACAACAACAGAAGGAAGAAACAGUAGAGGCUUUCCAGGAAACACCAUACGAAAAACAAGAAGGGAUUAUAAAAAUGGUUGAACGAGAUUCAAAUGUAGUUGCUGAAAUAAACGAAUUACUCGAGGUUAUUAAUGCAAAAGAAUUUGGUCCUGGUGAAUCACCUUUGAGGGAGUUGGCUAAAAUUGGUUAUAUGUUAAAAAGUGGUGUGACAACGGAAGAAAUAGAAAGUUUAUAUGAUUCUGAAUUUUUCCCAGCUUUAAGAAUACCUCAAUCACAAUCUGCAUUAGUUCAAUUAGUGGAGCGACAAGGCCACGGAACUCUAAUCACGGAAGUACUUACAGAAGAGACUGCACAAGAUGAAGAUGUGAUUGCAGCAAAGGUUGGAUUCCGCGCAUUUUUAAAAAUGGUAGAGAUGAAACAUACUUCAGUUGAAGAAGUUAUCGCCCACUUCUACCCGGAGGACUUCAAACCACGGUCCUGGGAACAAAGAGAAGCUCAUGAGGUCGUCGUUGAACCAGUUACUGAGCACUUAGCACAUAUCAAUAAAACAGAAGUUAUUAAAGAUACGACACAAAAAAUACACGAUAUUCGAAUAAAAGAUAAAAGAAAAAAUAAGUCGAAAGAGAAACGUGAGGAACAUAAAGUACAAGACGACGUGAAAAUUUUAAAAACGCAACGCUUUAACGAAAAAUAUGAAAUCCACGAGGAAGAAGAAACUAACACAUUUGACACAGAACCAUUACAUUAUUUGUCAACUAUUGCAACUGAUAUCCAUCAGAGUAACAUUGAAGUUGUGGCUACUAGCCAAACCACUCAGAUAACCUCAGAAAAAGUUGAUGAUAUAACAGCUAAAAUGAGAGUAGACGCAAAUUAUCCUUUAAUAAGCGACACACAUCAAACUCAAGAAAAUGAAAUUCCAUGGCAAGUAAGGCAAGAUACUAAUAAGGUUCUUAUAAGACCAUCUAUAACUGGUUUAGAACCAGUGAUAGUUUCGGAAACUGAGAUAAGCACCGCACUAGAAGAAUUAAAUUUCACGAAAAAUAAAAUAGAAAAUAGGGCAAGUAAAUCAAUCGUUCCAGCAGAAGGUGUUCUAACUUCUGAAAUUGAUGCAACAAUAGAUAUUAUAAACUUAAAAAAAGAUGAACAAUGUUUGGAAAAUGCUAAAGCAGCUGUGAUAACAACAGAUGCUUUAAACGUAUCAGAAAUUGUAGCAACGAUAAAUGAAAGUCCAUUAGAAAAGCAACCAAUCAAACAGUCUACUGCAGAAAUAUCAUUCUCUACAUUGAUGGGUAUACAGAUUUCUGAAGUACAAGAAGAAGCCAAAGAAUCCGAAGUAAAAAAUAAAGAACAAGACAAAAGAGCUUUAUCCAAAAUUAAUUUUAGUCUUCUGGAAUCUCUUCAAGUAGGGGAAGUAUUUGUUGAAGGUAAACCAGGUAAAUACUAUCCAGAACUUAUUGUUCCUACCGAAAUGGCGAGAAAAGAUGUCUUGGUAUCGAAUCAAAUUAUUACCGAAAUUCAUGACAUUAAAGAAAAAGAAGGUUCAAUAUCUGCUUUAAAACUACCUCCAAUGCAAGAGGCUAACGUAGAUAUUACAUCGAAGGAUAGUUUGGAAAUAUCAACAAAAGAUUGUCAUGAAAAAGAGGAGAAUCUACCUGUUUAUGAAUUGCCAACUGAAUUGACCGUCAGUAAAGAUUUAAUGUUACAUACGAGCUUGACUAAUUCCAUAAUAACGUCACAAAUAAAGGAAUCAGAAUUUAUCCCAGAAAUAAUUUCGACAAAAACAGCUACAGUAUCAGUUAAUGAACACCAACACAAAUUUAACAUAGAAACCAACAUCCAAGACUCUGAAAAGAUUUAUGAGGAGACAAAACCUGCAUUAGGCACACAAGCUGACAUUUCAAUAUCUCUUCUUGACAAACAUAUAACUGAAGAAGUACAAGUAAAUGAAAGCGAAAAAGAUCUUUUCAUUAAAGAAGAAAGAAAUGAUGCUACAGCCAGUCUUGAUGUUAAAUCUAUGGAGCCGUUAAUAACAACAGAAACCAUGCCCUUAGCAUCCACUGAUGAUAUGCUCAUUCACGAAAAUAAAAUAAACGAAUCGGCAACAGAAACCAUAAUAACAACUAAUGCUAAAAUUGUUACAUCAACAGUAGUACAUGAUCAAGAAAUUCCUGAAAAUUAUUCAACACGAAAAUCGGAACACGUUAUGACUUCCUUGGUUCCUAAUAUUUCAUUAACAAUAUCUGAAACUGAAUUUUCAGAAUUUGAGAAUCAAUUUAUUCCAAGUAAAAUUCCAGAUGUACUAAAUGCCAAACCUUCUUCUACCCAUCAUCUAAAGUCUCCAGUUUCCGAAGAAAUCAAUACUGCUGAUCAAAUUGAAUACUUAGGGUCUUUUGAGAACAUAACUGAAAAUGCUUCGGAACACAGAGAUUUACAAAAAGAGAUAACUAUUCUGCAAACAACAGUUGACGAACAGUUGAGAAAUCUGGAUAAGAUACCAAUUUCACACAUAAACGCCGAAUCACAUUUUAUAGGUAAAGAAAGUUUUUGUGUUACAGAAGUUAUAUCAAAUAUAACCGAAGAAAAAUUUGAGGGUGAACAACCAAAAUUAGGUACUUGUGCCAAAUAUGAUAUUGAUACUGAUCACAAAAUAGCUGUAGUUUCGGAGGUUAACACAAGGGAUAGUUUGAAUCAAUUUGAUGUAUUAUCACCGAAUUAUGAGAAAGCAAAUGUAACUUCAAAUACAAUGAGGUCAGUCCAAAUUAUGGAAAAUAAUAUUUUAGAUAGCCAGGAAACAUUACCAACAGACAUACAACCGGAAUACAAAACACUGCAAUCAGAAAUUAUAACAUCACAAGACACAUUGAAUGUUUUGGAAAUUAUUCAACAUGAAAAAGAAAGAGAAUAUGAGUCUCAAAUAACACCGAAUGAGUUAAUAGCAUCCACGGAUGUUUCUGGCCACCCAGUAGCAGUACUAUCAGAGUUAAUAGUUGAUUCAAGUUUAGGCUACACAGAAAAGGAACAUUUUCAAACUCAAGCCAAAAAAGCUAAUGUACAAAAUAUAGCUCACAAAGAGUUGAUUAUUAGUACAACUAAUAUAAGUGAAAAAGAAGGAUUUUUAGAAUCCAGUAUUUUACCUAAUACGAUUUCGGCAGUUAUUAAUGUUGAUACAUCACAAGCUAUUAUUGUGGAAGAAAAUAAACCUGAAAUAUUGCCUGCCUCUCUAGUAACAUCCCGAAAUUUAUUGUUGGCCAAAGCAAACAAAGAGAAUAUUGUAAAUCAGGCCAUCACCCUACAGGAAACCCUGGUUCACUCUUCCGAGGGUAUCAUAAACGAUCACGCAUUAAAAAAUGAAGAAAUACCAACAGUUUCACUCACCGGACUUAAUGCACCAGAACUUGCGGAAAGAGUUACAAUUGAGAGUGAAAAUGAAUUACAUAUUCCCUCAAUACCAGACCAAGCUACAGCAGCAAUAACCAUUUUGACACAGCACGGAUUAGAAACUACAGAAACUAUUAGUCAUGAUAAAAAUGUCGAAAAAGCUAACCAGACUGAACUCAUUUACAAACAAGCUUUGCCUAAACUUGAUGAAAUAUAUGGUAAAACAGCACAAUCCGAAGAAAUUCUAGUAAAUCAGUCAAUUUCUGAAAUUAAUGAAGAAACGUUAAACACACAAAAUUCCAAAAUUACUCCUAUAGCCAAUUUCAGUUGUGAACAAACGGAAGUCAUUCCCGGUGAAACUGAAAAUGUAUUAGAUGAACCAAAAACUGUGAAAUCACAAGUCAUUCCCAACUUAAAUGCGACAGAUGCUGUUAUAACUAGCACUUUUGAAGCAAUAGAAAAAGAAAAUGAAUUUGAUGAUAACUUUGUUAUUUCGACAAAGGAUAUUGAAGUACAAUUUGUUCCUCUGAACAGCACAAUUAAUACAGAAAUUUUAACCACGAAUGACGUUUGUGAUUACAUUGAAAAACCAUUAAAAACUUCAGAAGCUAAAAUAUCACACGGAGAAUAUAAAAAACAUUUAGAAAACAUUGAAAUACUUCAUGGCGAAAAGGAAUCUAAUUUCCUACCUAACGUAGGAAACUAUCAAGAAGCAGCACAAAAACUUGUGGAAGCCUCUGCCAAGGAAAUAACAGAAAUAUAUAUAAAGGAAAAAGAAGCAGAUAUUAGCACCUCAUUUAAUAUUUCUCAUACGUUCGCUCAUCCAGUAGUUAAAGAACAACAUUCUUUAUUAAACACCGAAGUAACAUUAAGUCAAGAAAUUGAAGACUUGCAUGUUUCGGGCUUAAACGUUACGAAUGCUUCGAAAACACAUGGUAUAAAGGAAGCAAUUCAGAGUUCAAAACCAUUUAUUGGAGAAGUCGAAGAUACGUUAAUAAGUGAAAUUUAUACUGAAAAGUGUCCUAAACAAACUUUGGAAGAAUUGAAGGCUCUUGAUAUAACAGAAGUAACAUUAACUGAGUCAGAAAUACUCUUUAAAGAUACUCCGGAUGUCAAAAAAGAAACGAUAGAACCAAAAUAUGACCAAAAACAUUAUGUUGGCAUUUCAGAGGUAAAUCCUUCAGAGACUGAAGAAUCAUAUAUUCCACCAAAUGUGGCGUUAACGAAGGAAAUUGAACCAACACAAAGAAUAUCUUUACUUUCUAGUGUGGCAGUGAACGAAAUACUAACCAAUGAAGGACAGGGCAUUUUACCCGCUGUUUCCGACUUUAAACCACGGCAAGCAGAUAUUUUGAUAGAAUGUAAAAAUCAUAUUACCGUCACUGACACUCCACCAAAAGAAAAAGAGGAAAAGUUUCAAAACGAAUACUUACCUAGAACAGAAAAACAAAAUGUUGAUAUCAAAACAAUUCAGCACAUUAUUACAAGUGAAACGAUUUGUUUAGAACAUGGCUCAGAGCUUUCAAAGCAUAAAUUUAAUAAGGAAGAAAAAGCAAAUACUUUUGAAACAGUAGAAGAAGCUCUUUGCAACCAGCAACAAGAAGUGGUUGAGAGUGUUGCUAUGUUAUCAGCGGAAUUCAAACCUGUAUCAACUAUAGCUAACGAAGAUUAUGUAACAUUAAAAACUGUACAGGGAACAGAGACUAUAGCAGAAGAAAAUCCAGAAUUCUUUUCAAAUAUUUCACACAAAAAAGACAACGCAUCUACAACCCAAACAACUGUAAGCGAAAUAAUAAACACAAAACCACAAGUAAUGGAAAGUACGUCACAGUUACAAAUAGAGUAUGAACCUAUUGAGAGCACCAGUAAAUUUGAAGUAGAGCCUCAUAGAAGCUACAUUACGUCUGAAAAUACUGUGCAGGAAAUAUCCAAUACGAUUAACGUUGAAGAAACACAGAAGAAAUCAGCAGAAAAACAAAUUGUCGGCGAGACGUCAUUGCAGCAAACUAUGGUGAUAACCGCAGAAGAUUCAGAAAUAUUUACAGGAAUAUUAUUAGAUAAAAAAGAAAAUGCCAAUGAAGGGCACACUUUAUCACAAGAAAUAUUAAGUUCAAGACCUCAAGUAUUAGACAGCAUAAAAGAAUUGCAAGAUUUAUCUAAGGCAGAAACAAAUAAAGCUUUCAUGAACGUUGAACCACAUAAGAGCUAUAUAGUCACAGAAAACGUUACUCAAGAAACUUCAAAAGACCUUAAGAACUUACAAGAAGGUAAUUUAUUAAAACAAGCAACACAGAACUUUAUGGAUGUUACUUCAAUCGAACAAACAGAAAUUAUUGUUGGAGAAAACACUACACAACUGAAUAAAUCGUCUCCUGAUAAAACAAAUAUUACUGUUAAACCUAUUGAAAUAAGUUCUCUAUAUCAAUCUGACAUAUUUGUGCAUGAGAGCGAAAUUGAUACUGAUUUUACACAACCUAAUAAUAUGCUAAAUGCUCAAGAGAACAUUGACACAAAUGAAAGCCUAACGAUAUAUGAAAUGACACAAACUGAUAUCCCAGUUGAUUUGACACUGCAACAAGGCAUACCAGCUAAAGCAGAAAAGACUAUCUCACUAUUAUCACACGUCCAAUGUUCUGAACAGAUACUAGAAAAUCGUACUGAUAAAUUGUUAAUAUCCGAAAUGCCGAUAAAGACUCCUUUAAUUAAUUCUAAUAAUAUACUACCUUUACUCGUAACGGAUAACACUAUUCUGCAACGAGAGGAGGAAUUACUUAUUUCAGAACCACUAAAACAAACACCGAGGAAGACCUUACUAAUGUCAAAUGAAAUAGAAGUUUCUGCAGAAUUUGCAGGUGAACAGGUGUCGCUGCUUCCUGAUACUCCAUCCUCAUUUGAAAAAAGUAAAGUUAUAAUAAGUGAUGACAAGAAAGAAGACAAAGUUAAGAUUUAUGAACAUGAAACCCACAUAUAUGAAAAGUCACAUGUAACUACGGUUUCUCCAAAAUCAUCAGAUACAGAAGAAACAGAAGAAAUAGUAACAAAAUUUAUUCAGUUACCUGGAAACAAAGAGCCAAUGCAAAUAAAAACAAAGCGAACAAUAUUGAGAAAAAAGAAACGUACAGGGCAGAAUGAUGAAGGAGAUGUAGUAAUAGAAGAAAGAUUAGAUGAAGAUACAGAAGAACCACCAAAAUCAGGAAUACCUCACGAUGUUGAUAUCGUUGAAUAUGAAGGUGGUGAAUUAACAUUACUAGAAAAUACUGAAAGCAGUACAAUACAAUUGCCGGAGGAAACAUCUCCCAUUCCUAAAUUGCCAAAUCAAGUUCAGAUAGAAGAAGUUUCAGAUGAAGUUAUAACUUUACACAAAACAGAAACAAUUUUGGAUGACAAAAGCGCACCAAUCGAAAAGCUUACGAUUAUACCAUCUAAAGCAAAACCUGUGGAAGAAAUUCCAGAAAAGGUUGAGGUAACACAGGUCAUCACUGAUACAAGUGAAACCAAAACUAUAAAAGCAACAAAACGAGUGAUAAAGAAAAAGAAAGGACAAAAAGAAGAAGUGACGGAAAUCACCACAGAACAGAAAGAUGACGAGAUCCCGAUUACCACUGUCCAAGUAACAGAACAAGACACACAAGAACCCACUGAAAUUAUCGAACUACCAGAAGAAACGACAGUGGAAGUAGACAAAACAGAAGGUAAGCCCAAGCAAAAGAAAAUCAAUAAACGAACUAUUAAAAAGAAAACAGGAACAAACCUAGAAACUACACAUAUUACGACAGAACAAAUUGAUGACCAGGAGCCAAUCAUUUCUGUACACAAAACAGAGGAAAUUAUCGAUGACACAACCACGCCCAUUGAACACAAAGCAAUCACAACUGCUGACGCUAGACUGGUGGAAGAAAUUCCAGAAAAGGUUGAGGUAACACAAGUCAUCACUGACACAGGUGAAGUCAAAACUGUAAAGACAUCAAAACGAGUCAUUAAAAAGAAGAAGGGAACAAAGGAAGAAGUGACGGAAAUCACCACAGUUCAAAGAGAUGACGAGGCCCCGGUAACCACUGUCGAAGUAACUGAACAAGACACACAAGAACCCACUGAAGUUAUCGAACUACCAGAAGAAACGACAGUGGAAGUGGACAAUACAGAAGGCAAGCCCAAGCAAAAGAAAAUCACAAAAAGAACAAUUAAAAAGAAAACUGGACCUAAAUUAGAGACCACACAUAUUACGACAGAACAAAUCGAAGACCAGGAGCCAAUCAUUUCCGUACACAAAACAGACGAAAUUGUCGAUGACACAACUCAACCCAUUGAACACAAAGCAAUCACUUCUGCCGAAGCAAGACCAGUAGAAGAAAUACCAGAAAAGAUUGAAAUAACACAGCUCAUCACUGACACUGGUGAAGUUAAAACAGUUAAGACAUCAAAACGGGUAAUUAAGAGAAAAAAGGGACCAAAGGAAGAAGUGACGGAAAUCACCACAGUACAGAAAGAUGACGAGGCCCCGAUUACCACUGUUGAAGUGACAGAACAAGACUCACAAGAACGAACCGAAAUCAUCGAACUACCAGAAGAAACGACAGUGGAAGUGGACAUAACAGAAGGCAGGCCUAAGCAAAAGAAAAUCACUAAACGAACAAUUAAAAAGAAAACUGGACCUAAAUUACAAACCACACAUAUUACGACAGAACAAAUCGACGACCAGGAGCCAACCAUUUCCAUACACAAAACAGAGGAAAUUGUCGAUGACACAACCACACCUAUUGAACACAAAGAAAUCACACCUGCUGAAGCAAGACCAGUAGAAGAAAUUCCAGAAAAGGUUGAGGUGACACAGGUCAUCACUGACACUGGUGAAGUCAAAACUGUAAAGACAUCAAAACGUGUCAUUAAGAAAAAGAAGGGACCCAAAGAAGAAGUGACGGAAAUCGCCACAGUACAGAAAGACGACGAGGUCCCGAUUACCACUGUUCAAGUCACAGAAAAAGACACACAAGAACCCACUGAAAUCAUCGAAUUACCAGAAGAAACGACAGUGGAAGUGGAAAAAACAGAAGGUGAACCCAAGCAAAAGAAAAUCACUAAACGAACAAUUAAAAAGAAAACGGGACCAAAACUGGAAACUACACAUAUUACGACAGAACAAAUUGACGAGCAGGAGCCUAUCAUUUCUGUACAUAAAACGGAGGAAAUUGUCGACGACACAACCACACUCAUUGAACACAAACCAAUCACACCAGCCGAGGCAAGACCAAUUGAAGAAAUUCCAGAAAAAGUCGAGGUUACACAGGUCAUCACUGACACAGGUGAAGUCAAAACUGUGAAAACAUCAAAAAGAGUCAUUAAGAAGAAGAAGGGACCCAAGGAAGAAGUGAUGGAAAUCACCACAGUACAUAAAGAUGACGAGGCCCCGAUUACCACUGUCACAGUGACAGAACAAGACACGCAAGAACCCACUGAAGUCUUUGAGUUACCAGAAGAAACAACUGAUGAAGUGGACGUUAUCCAAGGUAAGCCUACACACAAAAAGAUCACUAAACGAACAAUUAAAAAGAAAACUGGACCUAAAUUAGAAACCACACAUAUUACGACAGAACAAAUCGACGACCAGGAGCCAACCAUUUCCGUACACAAAACAGAGGAAAUUGUCGAUGACACAACCACACCUAUUGAACACAAAGAAAUCACACCUGCUGAAGCAAGACCAGUAGAAGAAAUUCCAGAAAAGGUUGAGGUGACACAGGUCAUCACUGACACUGGUGAAGUCAAAACUGUUAAGACAUCAAAACGUGUCAUUAAGAAAAAGAAGGGACCCAAAGAAGAAGUGACGGAAAUCACCACAGUACAGAAAGACGACGAGGUCCCGAUUACCACUGUUCAAGUCACAGAACAAGACACACAAGAACCCACUGAAAUAAUCGAAUUACCAGAAGAAACGACAGUGGAAGUGGAAAAAACAGAAGGUAAACCCAAGCAAAAGAAAAUCACUAAACGAACAAUUAAAAAGAAAACGGGGCUAAAACUGGAAACUACACAUAUUACGACAGAACAAAUUGACGAUCAGGAGCCUAUCAUUUCUGUACACAAAACGGAGGAAAUUGUCGACGACACAACCGCACUCAUUGAACACAAACCAAUCACACCAGCCGAGGCAAGACCAAUUGAAGAAAUUCCAGAAAAAGUCGAGGUUACACAAGUAAUCACUGACACAGGUGAAGUCAAAACUGUGAAAACAUCAAAACGAAUCAUUAAGAAGAAGAAGGGACCCAAGGAAGAAGUGAUGGAAAUCACCACAGUACAUAAAGAUGAUGAGGCCCCGAUUACCACUGUCACAGUGACAGAACAAGACACUCAAGAACCUACUGAAGUCUUUGAGUUACCAAAAGAAACAACUGAUGAAGUGGACGUUAUCCAAGGUAAGCCUACACACAAAAAGAUCACUAAACGAACAAUCAAAAAGAAAACUGGACCUAAAUUAGAAACCACACAUAUUACGACAGAACAAAUCGACGACCAGGAGCCAACCAUUUCCGUACACAAAACAGAGGAAAUUGUCGAUGACACAACCACACCUAUUGAACACAAAGAAAUCACACCUGCUGAAGCAAGACCAGUAGAAGAAAUUCCAGAAAAGGUUGAGGUGACACAGGUCAUCACUGACACUGGUGAAGUCAAAACUGUAAAGACAUCGAAACGUGUCAUUAAGAAAAAGAAGGGACCCAAAGAAGAAGUGACGGAAAUCACCACAGUACAGAAAGACGACGAGGUCCCGAUUACCACUGUUCAAGUCACAGAACAAGACACACAAGAACCUACUGAAAUCAUUGAAUUACCAGAAGAAACGAUAGUGGAAGUGGAAAAAACAGAAGGUAAAACCAAGCAAAAGAAAAUCACUAAACGAACAAUUAAAAAGAAAACGGGACCAAAACUGGAAACUACACAUAUUACGACAGAACAAAUUGACGAACAGGAGCCUAUCAUUUCUGUACACAAAACGGAGGAAAUUGUCGACGACACAACCACACUCAUUGAACACAAACCAAUCACACCAGCCGAGGCAAGACCAAUUGAAGAAAUUCCAGAAAAAGUCGAGGUUACACAGGUCAUCACUGACACAGGUGAAGUCAAAACUGUGAAAACAUCAAAACGAGUCAUUAAGAAGAAGAAGGGACCCAAGGAAGAAGUGAUGGAAAUAACCACAGUACAUAAAGCUGAUGAGGCCCCGAUUACCACUGUCACAGUGACAGAACAAGAAACACAAGAACCCACAGAAGUCUUUGAGUUACCAGAAGAAACAACUGAUGAAGUGGACGUUAUCCAAGGUAAGCCUACACACAAAAAGAUCACUAAACGAACAAUUAAAAAGAAAACUGGACCUAAACUCGAAACCACACACAUUACAACAGAACAAAUUGAAGAUCAAGAGCCAACCAUUUCCGUACACAAAACAGAGGAAAUUGUCGAUGACACAACCACACCUAUUGAACACAAAGAAAUCACACCUGCUGAAGCAAGACCAGUAGAAGAAAUUCCAGAAAAGGUUGAGGUGACACAGGUCAUCACUGACACUGGUAAAGUCAAAACUGUAAAGACAACAAAACGUGUCAUUAAGAAAAAGAAGGGACCCAAAGAAGAAGUGACGGAAAUCACCACAGUACAGAAAGACGACGAGGUCCCGAUUACCACUGUUCAAGUCACAGAACAAGACACACAAGAACCCACUGAAAUUAUCGAACUACCAGAGGAAACGACUGAUGAAGUGGAUGUUAUCGAAGGUAAGCCUACACACAAAAAGUCCACCAAACGAACAAUUAAAAAGAAAACAGGACCAAAACUGGAAACUACACAUAUUACGACAGAACAAAUUGACGAUCAGGAGCCUAUCAUUUCUGUACACAAAACGGAGGAAAUUGUCGACGACACAACCACACUCAUUGAACACAAACCAAUCACACCAGCCGAGGCAAGACCAAUUGAAGAAAUUCCAGAAAAAGUCGAGGUUACACAAGUCAUCACUGACACAGGUGAAGUCAAAACUGUGAAAACAUCAAAACGAGUCAUUAAGAAGAAGAAGGGACCCAAGGAAGAAGUGAUGGAAAUCACAACAGUACAUAAAGAUGACGAGGCCCCGAUUACCACUGUCACAGUGACAGAACAAGACACGCAAGAACCCACUGAAGUCUUUGAGUUACCAGAAGAAACAACUGAUGAAGUGGACGUUAUCCAAGGUAAGCCUACACACAAAAAGAUCACUAAACGAACAAUUAAAAAGAAAACUGGACCUAAAUUAGAAACCACACAUAUUACGACAGAACAAAUCGACGACCAGGAGCCAACCAUUUCCGUACACAAAACAGAGGAAAUUGUCGAAGACACAACCACACCUAUUGAACACAAAGAAAUCACACCUGCUGAAGCAAGACCAGUAGAAGAAAUUCCAGAAAAGGUUGAAGUGACACAGGUCAUCACUGACACUGGUGAAGUCAAAACUGUAAAGACAUCAAAACGUGUCAUUAAGAAAAAGAAGGGACCCAAAGAAGAAGUGACGGAAAUCACCACAGUACAGAAAGACGACGAGGUCCCGAUUACCACUGUUCAAGUCACAGAACAAGACACACAAGAACCUACUGAAAUCAUUGAAUUACCAGAAGAAACGAUAGUGGAAGUGGAAAAAACUGAAGGUAAACCCAAGCAAAAGAAAAUCACUAAACGAACAAUUAAAAAGAAAACGGGACCAAAACUGGAAACUACACAUAUUACGACAGAACAAAUUGACGAUCAGGAGCCUAUCAUUUCUGUACACAAAACGGAGGAAAUUGUCGACGACACAACCACACUCAUUGAACACAAACCAAUCACACCAGCCGAGGCAAGACCAAUUGAAGAAAUUCCAGAAAAAGUCGAGGUUACACAGGUCAUCACUGACACAGGUGAAGUCAAAACUGUGAAAACAUCAAAACGAGUCAUUAAGAAGAAGAAGGGACCCAAGAUAGAAGUGAUGGAAAUCACCACAGUACAUAAAGAUGACGAGGCCCCGAUUACCACUGUCACAGUGACAGAACAAGACACGCAAGAACCCACUGAAGUCUUUGAGUUACCAGAAGAAACAACUGAUGAAGUGGACGUUAUCCAAGGUAAGCCUACACACAAAAAGAUCACUAAACGAACAAUUAAAAAGAAAACUGGACCUAAAUUAGAAACCACACAUAUUACGACAGAACAAAUCGACGACCAGGAGCCAACCAUUUCCGUACACAAAACAGAGGAAAUUGUCGAUGACACAACCACACCUAUUGUACACAAAGAAAUCACACCUGCUGAAGCAAGACCAGUAGAAGAAAUUCCAGAAAAGAUUGAGGUGACACAGGUCAUCACUGACACUGGUGAAGUCAAAACUGUAAAGACAUCAAAACGUGUCAUUAAGAAAAAGAAGGGACCCAAAGAAGAAGUGACGGAAAUCACCACAGUACAGAAAGACGACGAGGUCCCGAUUACCACUGUUCAAGUCACAGAACAAGACACACAAGAACCUACUGAAAUCAUUGAAUUACCAGAAGAAACGAUAGUGGAAGUGGAAAAAACAGAAGGUAAACCCAAGCAAAAGAAAAUCACUAAACGAACAAUUAAAAAGAAAACGGGACCAAAAAUGGAAACUACACAUAUUACGACAGAACAAAUUGACGAGCAGGAGCCUAUCAUUUCUGUACACAAAACGGAGGAAUUUGUCGACGACACAACCACACUCAUUGAACACAAACCAAUCACACCAGCCGAGGCAAGACCAAUUGAAGAAAUUCCAGAAAAAGUCGAGGUUACACAGGUCAUCACUGACACUGGUGAAGUCAAAACUGUAAAGACAUCAAAACGUGUCAUUAAGAAAAAGAAGGGACCCAAAGAAGAAGUGAUGGAAAUCACCACAGUACAUAAAGAUGACGAGGCCCCGAUUACCACUGUCACAGUGACAGAACAAGACACGCAAGAACCCACUGAAGUCUUUGAGUUACCAGAAGAAACAACUGAUGAAGUGGAAGUUAUCAAAGAUAAGCCUACACACAAAAAGAUCACUAAACGAACAAUUAAAAAGAAAACUGGACCUAAAUUAGAAACCACACAUAUUACGACAGAACAAAUCGACGACCAGGAGCCAACCAUUUCCGUACACAAAACAGAGGAAAUUGUCGAUGACACAACCACACCUAUUGUACACAAAGAAAUCACACCUGCUGAAGCAAGACCAGUAGAAGAAAUUCCAGAAAAGAUUGAGGUGACACAGGUCAUCACUGACACUGGUGAAGUCAAAACUGUAAAGACAUCAAAACGUGUCAUUAAGAAGAAGAAGGGACCCAAGGAAGAAGUGAUGGAAAUCACCACAGUACAUAAAGAUGACGAGGCCCCGAUUACCACUGUCACAGUGACAGAACAAGACACGCAAGAACCCACUGAAGUCUUUGAGUUACCAGAAGAAACAACUGAUGAAGUGGAAGUUAUCAAAGAUAAGCCUACACACAAAAAGAUCACUAAACGAACAAUUAAAAAGAAAACUGGACCUAAAUUAGAGACCACACAUAUUACGACAGAACAAAUCGACGACCAGGAGCCAACCAUUUCCGUACACAAAACAGAGGAAAUUGUCGAUGACACAACCACACCUAUUGUACACAAAGAAAUCACACCUGCUGAAGCAAGACCAUUAGAAGAAAUACCAGAAAAGGUUGAGGUGAUACAGGUCAUCACUGACACUGGUGAAGUCAAAACUGUAAAGACAUCAAAACGUGUCAUUAAGAAAAAGAAGGGACCCAAAGAAGAAGUGACGGAAAUCACCACAGUACAGAAAGACGACGAGGUCCCGAUUACCACUGUUCAAGUCACAGAACAAGACACACAAGAACCUACUGAAAUCAUUGAAUUACCAGAAGAAACGAUAGUUGAAGUGGAAAAAACAGAAGGUAAACCCAAGCAAAAGAAAAUCACUAAACGAACAAUUAAAAAGAAAACGGGACCAAAACUGGAAACUACACAUAUUACGACAGAACAAAUUGACGAUCAGGAACCUAUCAUUUCUGUACACAAAACGGAGGAAAUUGUCGACGACACAACCACACUCAUUGAAAACAAACCAAUCACACCAGCCGAGGCAAGACCAAUUGAAGAAAUUCCAGAAAAAGUCGAGGUUACACAGGUCAUCACUGACACAGGUGAAGUCAAAACUGUGAAAACAUCAAAACGAGUAAUUAAGAAGAAAAAGGGACUCAAGGAAGAAGUGAUGGAAAUAACCACAGUACAUAAAGAUGACGAGGCCCCGAUUACCACUGUCACAGUGACAGAACAAGACACACAAGAACCCUCUGAAUUCUUUGAGUUACCAGAAGAAACAACUGAUGAAGUGGACGUUAUCAGAGGUAAGCCUACACACAAAAAGAUCACUAAACGAACAAUUAAAAAGAAAACUGGACCUAAAUUAGAAACGACACAUAUUACGACAGAACAAAUCGACGACCAGGAGCCAACCAUUUCCGUACACAAAACAGAGGAAAUUGUCGAUGACACAACCUCACCUAUUGAACACAAAGAAAUCACACCUGCUGAAGCAAGACCAGUAGAAGAAAUUCCAGAAAAGGUUGAGGUGACACAGGUCAUCACUGACACUGGUGAAGUCAAAACUGUCAAAACAUCAAAACGAGUCAUUAAGAAAAAGAAGGGACCCAAGGAAGAAGUUACGGAAAUUACCACAGUACAAGAAGACGACGAGGCUCCGGUUUCCACUGUCCAAGUAACAGAACAAGACUCACAAGAACCCACUGAAAUUAUCGAACUACCAGAGGAAACGACUGAUGAAGUGGACGUUAUCGAAGGUAAGCCUACACACAAAAAGAUCACUAGACGAACAAUUAAAAAGAAAACUGGACCUAAACUCGAAACCACACACAUCACAACAGAACAAAUUGAAGAUCAAGAGCCAAUUAUUAGCGUACACAAAACAGAGGAAAUUGUUGAUGAUACAACUGAACCCAUUGAACACAAACAAAUGACACCAGCCGAGGCAAAACCAGUGGAAGAAAUUCCAGAAAAGGUUGAAGUUACACAGGUCAUAACUGAUACAGGUGAUGUCAAAACUGUCAAAAAAACAAAACGAAUCAUAAAAAAGAAGAAGGGACCAAAGGAAGAAGUGACGGAAAUCACUACAAUACAAGAAGAUGACGAGGCCCCGAUUACCACUGUUCAAGUAACAGUACAAGACACACAAGAACCAACUGAAGUCUUCGAGUUACCAGAAGAAACAACUGAUGAAGUGGAUGUUAUCGAAGGUAAGCCUACACACAGAAAGAUCACUAAACGAACAAUCAAAAAGAAAACAGGACCUACACUCGAAAGAACACACAUCACAACAGAUCAAAUUGAAGAUCAAGAGCCAAUUAUUAGCGUACACAAAACAGAGGAAAUUGUUGAUGAUACAACUGAACCCAUUAAACACAAACAAAUGACACCAGCCGAGGCAAAACCAGUGGAAGAAAUUCCAGAAAAGGUUGAAGUUACACAGGUCAUAACUGAUACAGGUGAUGUCAAAACUGUCAAAAAAACAAAACGAAUCAUAAAAAAGAAGAAGGGACCAAAGGAAGAAGUGACGGAAAUCACCACAGUACAAGAAGAUGACGAGGCUCCGGUUACCACGGUCCAAGUAACAGAACAAGACUCACAAGAACCCACUGAAAUUAUCGAACUACCAGAGAAAACGAUUGAUGAAGUGGACGUUAUCGAAGGUAAGCCUACGCACAAAAAAAUAACUAAACGAACUAUUAAAAAGAAAACAGGACCUAAACUCGAAACCACACACAUUACAACAGAACAAAUUGAAGAUCAGGAACCAAUUGUUAGCGUACACAAAACAGAGGAAAUUGUUGAUGACACAACCACACUCAUCGAACACACACCAAUCACACUAGCCGAGGCAAGACCAGUGGAAGAAAUACCGGAAAAGGUUGAGGUAACACAAGUUAUCACUGACACAGGUGAUGUCAAAACUAUCAAAACAUCAAAACGAGUCAUUAAGAAAAAGAAGGGACCCAAGGAAGAAGUGACGGAAAUCACCACAGUACAGAAAGAUGACGAGGCCCCGAUCACCACUGUUCAAGUGACAGUACAAGACACACAAGAACCAACUGAAGUCUUCGAGUUACCCGAAGAAACAACUGAUGAAGUGAACGUUAUCGAAGGUAAGCCUACGCACAAAAAGAUUUCUAAACGAACAAUUAAAAAGAAAACAGGGCCUACACUCGAAACCACACACAUUACAACAGAACAAAUUGAUGAUCAGGAACCAAUCACUAGCGUACACAAAACAGAGGAAAUUGUCGAUGACACAAUAACACUUAUUGAACACACACCAAUCACACCAGCUGAGGCAAGAACAGUGGAAGAAAUACCGGAGAAGGUUGAGGUAACACAAGUCUUCACUGACACAGGUGAUGUCAAAACUGUCAAAACAUCAAAACGAGUCAUUAAGAAAAAGAAGGGACCCAAGGAAGAAGUUACGGAAAUUACCACAGUACAAGAAGACGACGAGGCUCCGGUUUCCACUGUCCAAGUAACAGAACAAGACUCACAAGAACCCACUGAAAUUAUCGAACUACCAGAGGAAACGACUGAUGAAGUGGACGUUAUCGAAGGUAAGCCUACACACAAAAAGAUCACUAGACGAACAAUUAAAAAGAAAACUGGACCUAAACUCGAAACCACACACAUCACAACAGAACAAAUUGAAGAUCAAGAGCCAAUUAUUAGCGUACACAAAACAGAGGAAAUUGUUGAUGAUACAACUGAACCCAUUGAACACAAACAAAUGACACCAGCCGAGGCAAAACCAGUGGAAGAAAUUCCAGAAAAGGUUGAAGUUACACAGGUCAUAACUGAUACAGGUGAUGUCAAAACUGUCAAAAAAACAAAACGAAUCAUAAAAAAGAAGAAGGGACCAAAGGAAGAAGUGACGGAAAUCACUACAAUACAAGAAGAUGACGAGGCCCCGAUUACCACUGUUCAAGUAACAGUACAAGACACACAAGAACCAACUGAAGUCUUCGAGUUACCAGAAGAAACAACUGAUGAAGUGGAUGUUAUCGAAGGUAAGCCUACACACAGAAAGAUCACUAAACGAACAAUCAAAAAGAAAACAGGACCUACACUCGAAAGAACACACAUCACAACAGAUCAAAUUGAAGAUCAAGAGCCAAUUAUUAGCGUACACAAAACAGAGGAAAUUGUUGAUGAUACAACUGAACCCAUUAAACACAAACAAAUGACACCAGCCGAGGCAAAACCAGUGGAAGAAAUUCCAGAAAAGGUUGAAGUUACACAGGUCAUAACUGAUACAGGUGAUGUCAAAACUGUCAAAAAAACAAAACGAAUCAUUAAAAAGAAGAAGGGACCAAAGGAAGAAGUGACGGAAAUCACCACAGUACAAGAAGAUGACGAGGCUCCGGUUACCACGGUCCAAGUAACAGAACAAGACUCACAAGAACCCACUGAAAUUAUCGAACUACCAGAGAAAACGAUUGAUGAAGUGGACGUUAUCGAAGGUAAGCCUACGCACAAAAAAAUAACUAAACGAACUAUUAAAAAGAAAACAGGACCUAAACUCGAAACCACACACAUUAUAACAGAACAAAUUGAAGAUCAGGAACCAAUUGUUAGCGUACACAAAACAGAGGAAAUUGUUGAUGACACAACCACACUCAUCGAACACACACCAAUCACACCAGCCGAGGCAAGACCAGUGGAAGAAAUACCGGAAAAGGUUGAAGUAACACAAGUCAUCACUGACACAGGUGAUGUCAAAACUAUCAAAACAUCAAAACGAGUCAUUAAGAAAAAGAAGGGACCCAAGGAAGAAGUGACGGAAAUCACCACAGUACAGAAAGAUGACGAGGCCGCGAUCACCACUGUUCAAGUGACAGUACAAGACACACAAGAACCAACUGAAGUCUUCGAGUUACCCGAAGAAACAACUGAUGAAGUGAACGUUAUCGAAGGUAAGCCUACGCACAAAAAGAUUUCUAAACGAACAAUUAAAAAGAAAACAGGGCCUACACUCGAAACCACACACAUUACAACAGAACAAAUUGAUGAUCAGGAACCAAUCACUAGCGUACACAAAACAGAGGAAAUUGUCGAUGACACAAUAACACUUAUUGAACACACACCAAUCACACCAGCUGAGGCAAGAACAGUGGAAGAAAUACCGGAGAAGGUUGAGGUAACACAAGUCUUCACUGACACAGGUGAUGUCAAAACUGUCAAAACAUCAAAACGAGUCAUUAAGGAAAAGAAGGGACCCAAGGAAGAAGUUACGGAAAUUACCACAGUACAAGAAGACGACGAGGCUCCGGUUUCCACUGUCCAAGUAACAGAACAAGACUCACAAGAACCCACUGAAAUUAUCGAACUACCAGAGGAAACGACUGAUGAAGUGGACGUUAUCGAAGGUAAGCCUACACACAAAAAGAUCACUAGACGAACAAUUAAAAAGAAAACUGGACCUAAACUCGAAACCACACACAUCACAACAGAACAAAUUGAAGAUCAAGAGCCAAUUAUUAGCGUACACAAAACAGAGGAAAUUGUUGAUGAUACAACUGAACCCAUUGAACACAAACAAAUGACACCAGCCGAGGCAAAACCAGUGGAAGAAAUUCCAGAAAAGGUUGAAGUUACACAGGUCAUAACUGAUACAGGUGAUGUCAAAACUGUCAAAAAAACAAAACGAAUCAUAAAAAAGAAGAAGGGACCAAAGGAAGAAGUGACGGAAAUCACUACAAUACAAGAAGAUGACGAGGCCCCGAUUACCACUGUUCAAGUAACAGUACAAGACACACAAGAACCAACUGAAGUCUUCGAGUUACCAGAAGAAACAACUGAUGAAGUGGAUGUUAUCGAAGGUAAGCCUACACACAGAAAGAUCACUAAACGAACAAUCAAAAAGAAAACAGGACCUACACUCGAAAGAACACACAUCACAACAGAUCAAAUUGAAGAUCAAGAGUCAAUUAUUAGCGUACACAAAACAGAGGAAAUUGUUGAUGAUACAACUGAACCCAUUAAACACAAACAAAUGACACCAGCCGAGGCAAAACCAGUGGAAGAAAUUCCAGAAAAGGUUGAAGUUACACAGGUCAUAACUGAUACAGGUGAUGUCAAAACUGUCAAAAAAACAAAACGAAUCAUUAAAAAGAAGAAGGGACCAAAGGAAGAAGUGACGGAAAUCACCACAGUACAAGAAGAUGACGAGGCUCCGGUUACCACGGUCCAAGUAACAGAACAAGACUCACAAGAACCCACUGAAAUUAUCGAACUACCAGAGAAAACGAUUGAUGAAGUGGACGUUAUCGAAGGUAAGCCUACGCACAAAAAAAUAACUAAACGAACUAUUAAAAAGAAAACAGGACCUAAACUCGAAACCACACACAUUAUAACAGAACAAAUUGAAGAUCAGGAACCAAUUGUUAGCGUACACAAAACAGAGGAAAUUGUUGAUGACACAACCACACUCAUCGAACACACACCAAUCACACCAGCCGAGGCAAGACCAGUGGAAGAAAUACCGGAAAAGGUUGAAGUAACACAAGUCAUCACUGACACAGGUGAUGUCAAAACUAUCAAAACAUCAAAACGAGUCAUUAAGAAAAAGAAGGGACCCAAGGAAGAAGUGACGGAAAUCACCACAGUACAGGAAGAUGACGAGGCCCCGAUCACCACUGUUCAAGUGACAGUACAAGACACACAAGAACCAACUGAAGUCUUCGAGUUACCCGAAGAAACAACUGAUGAAGUGAACGUUAUCGAAGGUAAGCCUACACACAAAAAGAUUUCUAAACGAACUAUUAAAAAGAAAACAGGGCCUACACUCGAAACCACACACAUUACAACAGAACAAAUUGAUGAUCAGGAACCAAUCACUAGCGUACACAAAACAGAGGAAAUUGUCGAUGACACAAUAACACUUAUUGAACACACACCAAUCACACCAGCUGAGGCAAGAACAGUGGAAGAAAUACCGGAGAAGGUUGAGGUAACACAAGUCUUCACUGACACAGGUGAUGUCAUAACUGUCAAAACAUCAAAACGAUUCAUUAAGAAAAAGAAGGGACCCAAGGAAGAAGUUACGGAAAUUACCACAGUACAAGAAGACGACGAGGCUCCGGUUACCACUGUCCAAGUAACAGAACAAGACUCACAAGAACCCACUGAAAUAAUCGAACUACCAGAGGAAACGACUGAUGAAGUGGACGUUAUCGAAGGUAAGCCUACACACAAAAAGAUCACUAGACGAACAAUAAAAAAGAAAACUGGACCUAAACUCGAAACUACACACAUUACAACGGAACAAAUUGAAGAUCAAGAACCAAUUAUUUCCGUUCACAAAACAGAGGAAAUUGUCGAUGACGCAGCCACACUCAUCGAACACACACCGAUCUCACCAGCCGAGGCAAGACCAGUGGAAGAAAUCCCAGAAAAGGUUGAGGUAACACAAGUCAUUACUGACACAGGUGAUGUCAAAACUGUCAAAAAAACAAAACGAAUCAUAAAAAAGAAGAAGGGACCAAAGGAAGAAGUGACGGAAAUCACCACAGUACAAGAAGAUGACGAAAUCCCGAUCACCACUGUUCAAGUAACAGUACAAGACACACAAGAACCAACUGAAGUCUUCGAGUUACCAGAAGAAACAACUGAUGAAGUGGACGUUGUCGAAGGUAAGCCUACACACAAAAAGAUCACUAGACGAACAAUAAAAAAGAAAACUGGACCUAAACUCGAAACCACACACAUUACAACAGAACAAAUUGAAGAUCAAGAGCCAAUUAUUAGCGUAUACAAAACAGAGGAAAUUGAAGAUGACACAACCACACUCAUUGAACACACACCAAUCACACCAGCCGAGGCAAGACCAGUGGAAGAAAUCCCAGAAAAGGUUGAGGUAACACAAGUCAUCACUGACACAGGUGAUGUCAAAACUGUGAAAAAAACAAAACGAAUCAUAAAAAAGACAAAGGGACCAAAGGAAGAAGUGACAGAAAUCACCACAGUACAAGAAGACGACAAGGCUCCAGUUACCACUGUCCAAGUAACAGAACAAGACUCACAAGAACCCACUGAAGUCUUCGAGUUACCCGAAGAAACUACUGAUGAAGUGGACGUUAUCGAAGGUAAGCCAACACACAAAAAGAUCACUAAACGAACAAUAAAAAAGAAAACUGGACCUAAACUCGAAACUACACACAUUACAACGGAACAAAUUGAAGAUCAAGAACCAAUUAUUUCCGUUCACAAAACAGAGGAAAUUGUCGAUGACGCAGCCACACUCAUCGAACACACACCGAUCUCACCAGCCGAGGCAAGACCAGUGGAAGAAAUCCCAGAAAAGGUUGAGGUAACACAAGUCAUCACUGACAUAGGUGAUGUCAAAACUGUCAAAACAUCAAAACGAGUCAUUAAGAAGAAGAAGGGACCCAAGGAAGAAGUGACGGAAAUUACCACAGUACAAGAAGACGACAAGGCUCCAGUUACCACUGUCCAAGUAACAGAACAAGACUCACAAGAACCCACUGAAGUCUUCGAGUUACCCGAAGAAACUACUGAUGAAGUGGACGUUAUCGAAGGUAAGCCUACACACAAAAAGAUCACUAGACGAACAAUUAAAAAGAAAACUGGACCUAAACUCGAAACUACACACAUUACAACAGAACAAAUUGAUGAUCAGGAACCAAUCACUAGCGUACACAAAACAGAGGAAUUUGUCGAUGACACAAUAACACUCAUUGAACACACACCAAUCACACCAGCUGAGGCAAGACCAGUGGAAGAAAUACCGGAAAAGGUUGAGGUAACACAAGUCAUCACUGACACAGGUGAUGUCAAAACUGUCAAAACAUCAAAACGAGUCAUUAAGAAGAAGAAGGGACCCAAGGAAGAAGUGACGGAAAUUACCACAGUACAGAAAGAUGACGAGGCCCCGAUUACCACUGUUCAAGUGACAGUACAAGACACACAAGAACCCACUGAAGUCUUCGAGUUACCCGAAGAAACUACUGAUGAAGUGGACGUUAUCGAAGGUAAGCCUACACACAAAAAGAUCACUAGACGAACAAUUAAAAAGAAAACUGGACCUAAACUCGAAACUACACACAUUACAACAGAACAAAUUGAUGAUCAGGAACCAAUCACUAGCGUACACAAAACAGAGGAAUUUGUCGAUGACACAAUAACACUCAUUGAACACACACUAAUCACACCAGCUCAGGCAAGACCAGUGGAAGAAAUACCGGAAAAGGUUGAGGUAACACAAGUCAUCACUGACACAGGUGAUGUCAAAACUGUGAAAAAAACAAAACGAAUCAUAAAAAAGACGAAGAGACCAAAGGAAGAAGUGACAGAAAUCACCACAGUACAAGAAGACGACAAGGCUCCAGUUACCACUGUUCAAGUAACAGUACAAGACGCACAAGAACCCACUGAAGUCUUCGAGUUACCCGAAGAAACUACUGAUGAAGUGGACGUUAUCCAAGGUAAGCCUACACACAAAAAGAUCACUAGACGAACAAUAAAAAAGAAAAUUGGACCUAAACUCGAAACUACACACAUUACAACGGAACAAAUUGAAGAUCAAGAACCAAUUAUUUCCGUUCACAAAACAGAGGAAAUUGUCGAUGACGCAGCCACACUCAUCGAACACACACCAAUCGCACCAGCCGAGGCAAGACCAGUGGAAGAAAUACCAGAAAAGGUUGAGGUAACACAAGUCAUCACUGACACAGGUGAUGUCAAAACUGUGAAAAAAACAAAACGAAUCAUAAAAAAGACAAAGGGACCAAAGGAAGAAGUGACAGAAAUCACCACAGUACAAGAAGACGACAAGGCUCCAGUUACCACUGUCCAAGUAACAGAACAAGACUCACAAGAACCCACUGAAGUCUUCGAGUUACCCGAAGAAACUACUGAUGAAGUGGACGUUAUCGAAGGUAAGCCUACACACAAAAAGAUCACUAAACGAACAAUUAAAAAGAAAACAGGGCCUACACUCGAAACCACACACAUUACAACAGAACAAAUUGAUGAUCAGGAACCAAUUAUUUCCGUUCACCAAACAGAGGAAAUUGUCGAUGACACAACCACACUCAUUGAACACACACCGAUCGCACCAGCCGAGGCAAGACCAGUUGAAGAAAUACCGGAAAAGGUUGAGGUAACACAAGUCAUCACUGACACAGGUGAUGUCAAAACAGUCAAAACAUCAAAACGAGUCAUUAAGAAGAAGAAGGGACCUAAUGAAGAAGUGACGGAAAUUACCACAGUACAGAAAGAUGACGAGGCCCCGAUUACCACUGUUCAAGUGACAGUACAAGACACACAAGAACCCACUGAAGUCUUUGAGUUACCUGAAGAAACAACUGAUGAAGUGGACCUUGUCGAAGGUAAGCCUACACACAAAAAGAUCACUAAACGAGCAAUUAAAAAGAAAACAGGGCCUACACUCGAAACCACACACAUUACAACAGAACAAAUUGAUGAUCAGGAACCAAUCACUAGCGUACACAAAACAGAAGAAUUUGUCGAUGACACAAUAACACUCAUUGAACACACACCAAUCACACCAGCUGAGGCAAGACCAGUGGAAGAAAUACCGGAGAAGGUUGAGGUAACACAAGUUUUCACUGACACAGGUGAUGUCAAAACUGUGAAAAAAACAAAACGAAUCAUAAAAAAGAAGAAGGGACCAAAGGAAGAAGUGACAGAAAUCACCACAGUACAAGAAGACGACAAGGCUCCAGUUACCACUGUCCUAGUAACAGAACAAGACUCACAAGAACCCACUGAAGUCUUCGAGUUACCCGAUGAAACUACUGAUGAAGUGGACGUUAUCGAAGGUAAGCCUACACACAAAAAGAUCACUAGACGAACAAUUAAAAAGAAAACUGGACCUAAACUCGAAACUACACACAUUACAACGGAACAAAUUGAAGAUCGAGAACCAAUUAUUUCCGUUCACCAAACAGAGGAAAUUGUCGAUGACACAAUUACACUCAUUGAACACACACCGAUCGCACCAGCCGAGGCAAGAGCCAUGGAAGAAAUACCGGAAAAGGUUGAGGUAACACAAGUCAUCACUGACACAGGUGAUGUCAAAUCUGUCAAAACAUCAAAACGAGUCAUUAAGAAGAAGAAGGGACCCAAGGAAGAAGUGACGGAAAUUACCACAGUACAGAAAGAUGACGAGGCCCCGAUUACCACUGUUCAAGUGACAGUACAAGACACACAAGAACCCACUGAAGUCUUUGAGUUACCUGAAGAAACAACUGAUGAAGUGGACCUUGUCGAAGGUAAGCCUACACACAAAAAGAUCACUAAACGAGCCAUUAAAAAGAAAAUAGGGCCUACACUCGAGACCACACACAUUACAACAGAACAAAUUGAUGAUCAGGAACCAAUCACUAGCGUACACAAAACAGAAGAAUUUGUCGAUGACACAAUAACACUCAUUGAACACACACCAAUCACACCAGCUGAGGCAAGACCAGUGGAAGAAAUACCGGAGAAGGUUGAGGUAACACAAGUUUUCACUGAAACAGGUGAUGUCAAAACUGUGAAAAAAACAAAACGAAUCAUUAAAAAGAAGAAGGGACCAAAGGAAGAAGUGACAGAAAUCACCACAGUACAAGAAGACGACAAGGCUCCAGUUACCACUGUCCAAGUAACAGAACAAGACUCACAAGAACCCACUGAAGUCUUCGAGUUACCCGAAGAAACUACUGAUGAAGUGGUCGUUAUCCAAGGUAAGCCUACACACAAAAAGAUCACUAGACGAACAAUAAAAAAGAAAACUGGACCUAAACUCGAAACUACACACAUUACAACAGAACAAAUUGAAGAUCAAGAGCCAAUUAUUAGCGUACACAAAACAGACGAAAUUGUCGAUGACACAACCACACUCAUUGAACACACACCAAUCACACCAGCCGAGGCAAGACCAGUGGAAGAAAUCCCAGAAAAGGUUGAGGUAACACAAGUCAUCACUGACACAGAUGAUGUCAAAUCUGUCAAAACAUCAAAACGAGUCAUAAAGAAGAAGAAGGGACCCAAGGAAGAAGUGACGGAAAUUACCACAGUACAGAAAGGUGACGAGGCCCCGAUUACCACUGUUCAAGUAACAGUACAAGACACACAAGAACCCACUGAAGUCUUUGAGUUACCUGAGGAAACAACUGAUGAAGUGGACGUUAUCGAAGGUAAGCCUACACACAAAAAGAUCACUAAACGAACAAUUAAAAAGAAAACUGGACCUAAACUCGAAACUACACACAUUACAACGGAACAAAAUGAAGAUCAAGAACCCAUUAUUUCCGUUCACAAAACAGAGGAAAUUGUCGAUGACGCAGCCACACUCAUCGAACACACACCGAUCUCACCAGCCGAGGCAAGACCAGUGGAAGAAAUCCCAGAAAAGGUUGAGGUAACACAAGUCAUCUCUGACAUAGGUGAUGUCAAAACUGUCAAAACAUCAAAAGGAGUCAUUAAGAAGAAGAAGGGACCCAAGGAAGAAGUGACGGAAAUUACCACAGUACAAGAAGACGACAAGGCUCCAGUUACCACUGUCCAAGUAACAGAACAAGACUCACAAGAACCCACUGAAGUCUUCGAGUUACCCGAAGAAACUACUGAUGAAGUGGACGUUAUCGAAGGUAAGCCUACACACAAAAAGAUCACUAGACGAACAAUUAAAAAGAAAACUGGACCUAAACUCGAAACUACACACAUUACAACAGAACAAAUUGAUGAUCAGGAACCAAUCACUAGCGUACACAAAACAGAGGAAUUUGUCGAUGACACAAUAACACUCAUUGAACACACACCAAUCACACCAGCUGAGGCAAGACCAGUGGAAGAAAUACCGGAGAAGGUUGAGGUAACACAAGUUUUCACUGACACAGGUGAUGUCAAAACUGUGAAAAAAACAAAACGAAUCAUAAAAAAGACGAAGGGACCAAAGGAAGAAGUGACAGAAAUCACCACAGUACAAGAAGACGACAAGGCUCCAGUUACCACUGUCCAAGUAACAGAACAAGACUCACAAGAACCCACUGAAGUCUUCGAGUUACCCGAAGAAACUACUGAUGAAGUGGACGUUAUCCAAGGUAAGCCUACACACAAAAAGAUCACUAGACGAACAAUUAAAAAGAAAACAGGGCCUACACUCGAAACCACACACAUUACAACAGAACAAAUUGAUGAUCAGGAACCAAUUAUUAGCGUAUACAAAACAGAGGAAAUUGUCGAUGACACAACCACACUCAUUGAACACACACCAAUCACACCAGCCGAGGCAAAACCAGUUGAAGAAAUACCGGAAAAGGUUGAGGUAACACAAGUCAUCACUGACACAGGUGAUGUCAAAACAGUCAAAACAUCAAAACGAGUCAUUAAGAAGAAGAAGGGACCCAAGGAAGAAGUGACGGAAAUUACCACAGUACAGAAAGGUGACGAGGCCCCGAUUACCACUGUUCAAGUGACGGUACAAGACACACAAGAACCCACUGAAGUCUUUGAGUUACCUGAGAAAACAACUGAUGAAGUGCACGUUAUCGAAGGUAAGCCUACACACAAAAAGAUCACUAAACGAACAAUUAAAAAGAAAACAGGACCUAAACUCGAAACCACACACAUUACAACAGAACAAAUUGAUGAUCAGGAACCAAUUAUUAGCAUACACAAAACAGACGAAAUUGUCGACGACACAACCACACUCAUUGAACACACACCAAUCACACCAGCCGAGGCAAGACCAGUGGAAGAAAUACCUGAAAAGGUUGAGGUAACCCAAGUCAUCACUGACACAGGUGAUGUCAAAACUGUCAAAACAUCAAAACGAGUCAUUAAGAAGAAGAAGGGACCCAAGGAAGAAGUGACGGAAAUUACCACAGUACAGAAAGAUGACGAGGCCCCGAUUACCACUGUUCAAGUGACAGUACAAGACACACAAGAACCCACUGAAGUCUUUGAGUUACCUGAAGAAACAACUGAUGAAGUGGACCUUGUCGAAGGUAAGCCUACACACAAAAAGAUCACUAAACGAACAAUUAAAAAGAAAACAGGGCCUACACUCGAAACCACACACAUUACAACAGAACAAAUUGAUGAUCAGGAACCAAUUAUUAGCGUAUACAAAACAGAGGAAAUUGUCGAUGACACAACCACACUCAUUGAACACACACCAAUCACACCAGCCGAGGCAAAACCAGUUGAAGAAAUACCGGAAAAGGUUGAGGUAACACAAGUCAUCACUGACACAGGUGAUGUCAAAACAGUCAAAACAUCAAAACGAGUCAUUAAGAAGAAGAAGGGACCCAAGGAAGAAGUGACGGAAAUUACCACAGUACAGAAAGGUGACGAGGCCCCGAUUACCACUGUUCAAGUGACGGUACAAGACACACAAGAACCCACUGAAGUCUUUGAGUUACCUGAGAAAACAACUGAUGAAGUGCACGUUAUCGAAGGUAAGCCUACACACAAAAAGAUCACUAAACGAACAAUUAAAAAGAAAACAGGACCUAAACUCGAAACCACACACAUUACAACAGAACAAAUUGAUGAUCAGGAACCAAUUAUUAGCAUACACAAAACAGACGAAAUUGUCGACGACACAACCACACUCAUUGAACACACACCAAUCACACCAGCCGAGGCAAGACCAGUGGAAGAAAUACCUGAAAAGGUUGAGGUAACCCAAGUCAUCACUGACACAGGUGAUGUCAAAACUGUCAAAACAUCAAAACGAGUCAUUAAGAAGAAGAAGGGACCCAAGGAAGAAGUGACGGAAAUUACCACAGUACAGAAAGAUGACGAGGCCCCGAUUACCACUGUUCAAGUGACAGUACAAGACACACAAGAACCCACUGAAAUUAUCGAACUACCAGAGGAAACGACUGAUGAAGUGGACAUUAUCGAAGGUAAGCCUACACACAAAAAGAUCACUAAACGAACAAUUAAAAAGAAAACAGGGCCUACACUCGAAACCACACACAUUACAACAGAACAAAUUGAUGAUCAGGAACCAAUUAUUAGCAUACACAAAACAGACGAAAUUGUCGAUGACACAACCACACUCAUUGAACACACACCAAUCACACCAGCCGAGGCAAGACUAGUGGAAGAAAUACCGGAAAAGGUUGAGGUAACACAAGUCAUCACUGACACAGGUGAUGUCAAAACUGUCAAAACAUCAAAACGAGUCAUUAAGAAGAAGGGACCCAAGGAAGAAGUGACGGAAAUUACCACAUUACAGAAAGAUGACGAGGCCCCGAUUACCACUGUUCAAGUGACAGUACAAGACACACAAGAACCCGCUGAAAUUAUCGAACUGCCAGAGGAAACGACUGAUGAAGUGGACGUUAUCGAAGGUAAGCCUACACACAAAAAGAUUACUAAACGAACAAUUAAAAAGAAAACAGGGCCUACACUCGAAACCACACACAUUACAACAGAACAAAUUGAUGAUCAGGAACCAAUUAUUAGCGUACAUAAAACUAAGGAAAUUGUCGAUGACACAACCACACUCAUUGAACACAAACCAAUCACACCAGCCGAGGCAAGACCAGUGGAAGAAAUACCGGAAAAGGUUGAGGUAACACAAGUCAUCACUGACACAGGUGAUGUCAAAACAUCAAAACGAGUCAUUAAGAAGAAGAAGGGACCCAAGGAAGAAGUGACGGAAAUUACCACAGUACAGAAAGAUGACGAGGCCCCGAUUACCACUGUUCAAGUGACAGUACAAGACGCACAAGAACCAACUGAAGUCUUUGAGUUACCUGAAGAAACAACUGAUGAAGUGGACGUUGUCGAAGGUAAGCCUACACACAAAAAGAUCACUAAACGAACAAUUAAAAAGGAAACAGGACCUAAACUCGAAACCACACACAUUACAGCAGAACAAAUUGAUGAUCAGGAACCAAUUAUUAGCAUACACAAAACAGACGAAAUUGUCGACGACACAACCACACUCAUUGAACACACACCAAUCACACCAGCCGAGGCAAGACCAGUGGAAGAAAUACCUGAAAAGGUUGAGGUAACACAAGUCAUCACUGACACAGGUGAUGUCAAAACUGUCAAAACAUCAAAACGAGUCAUUAAGAAGAAGAAGGGACCCAAGGAAGAAGUGACGGAAAUUACCACAGUACAGAAAGAUGACGAGGCCCCGAUUACCACUGUUCAAGUGACAGUACAAGACACACAAGAACCCACUGAAAUUAUCGAACUACCAGAGGAAACGACUGAUGAAGUGGACGUUAUCGAAGGUAAGCCUACACACAAAAAGAUUACUAAACGAACAAUUAAAAAGAAAACAGGGCCUACACUCGAAACCACACACAUUACAACAGAACAAAUUGAUGAUCAGGAACCAAUUAUUAGCAAACACAAAACUGACGAAAUUGUCGAUGACACAACCACACUCAUUGAACACACACCAAUCACACCAGCCGAGGCAAGACCAGUGGAAGAAAUACCGGAAAAGGUUGAGGUAACACAAGUCAUCACUGACACAGGUGAUGUCAAAACUGUCGAAACAUCAAAACGAGUCAUUAAGAACAAGACAGGACCAAAGGAUGAAGUGACAGAAAUAACCACAGUACAGAAAGAUGACGAGGCCCCCAUGACCACUGUUCAAGUGACAGUACAAGACACACAAGAACCCACUGAAAUUAUCGAACUGCCAGAGGAAACGACUGAUGAAGUGGACGUUAUCGAAGGUAAGUCUACACACAAAAAGAUCACUAAACGAACAAUUAAAAAGAAAACAGGACCUAAACUCGAAACCACACACAUUACAACAGAACAAUUUGAUGAUCAGGAACCAAUUACUAGCGUACACAAAACAGACGAAAUUGUCGAUGACACAACCACACUCAUUGGACACACACCUAUCACACCAGCCGAGGCAAGACCAGUGGAAGAAAUACCGGAAAAGGUUGAGGUAACACAAGUCAUCACUGACACAGGUGAUGUCAAAACUGUCAAAACAUCAAAACGAGUCAUUAAGAAGAAGAAGGGACCCAAGGAAGAAGUGACGGAAAUUACCACAGUACAGAAAGGUGACGAGGCCCCGAUUACCACUGUUCAAGUAACAGUACAAGACACACAAGAACCCACUGAAGUCUUUGAGUUACCUGAGGAAACAACUGAUGAAGUGGACGUUAUCGAAGGUAAGCCUACACACAAAAGGUUCACUAAACGAACAAUAAAAAAGAAAACUGGACACAUUACAACGGAACAAAUUGAAGAUCAAGAACCAAUUAUUUCCGUUCACAAAACAGAGGAAAUUGUCGAUGACGCAGCCACACUCAUCGAACACACACCGAUCUCACCAGCCGAGGCAAGACCAGUGGAAGAAAUACCGGAAAAGGUUGAGGUAACACAAGUCAUCACUGACACAGGUGAUGUCAAAACUGUCAAAACAUCAAAACGAGUCAUUAAGAAGAAGAAGGGACCCAAGGAAGAAGUGACGGAAAUUACCACAGUACAGAAAGAUGACGAGGCCCCGAUUACCACUGUUCAAGUGACAGUACAAGACACACAAGAACCCACUGAAAUUAUCGAACUACCAGAGGAAACGACUGAUGAAGUGGACGUUAUCGAAGGUAAGCCUACACACAAAAAGAUCACUAAACGAACAAUUAAAAAGAAAACAGGGCCUACACUCGAAACCACACACAUUACAACAGAACAAAUUGAUGAUCAGGAACCAAUUAUUAGCAUACACAAAACAGACGAAAUUGUCGAUGACACAACCACACUCAUUAAACACACACCAAUCACACCAGCCGAGGUAAAACCAGUGGAAGAAACACCGGAAAAGGUUGAGGUAACACAAGUCAUCACUGACACAGGUGAUGUCAAAACUGUCAAAACAUCAAAACAAGUCAUUAAGAACAAGACAGGACCAAAGGAUGAAGUGACAGAAAUAACCACAGUACAGAAAGAUGACGAGGCCCCCAUGACCACUGUUCAAGUGACAGUACAAGACACACAAGAACCCACUGAAAUUAUCGAACUGCCAGAGGAAACGACUGAUGAAGUGGACGUUAUCGAAGGUAAGUCUACACACAAAAAGAUCACUAAACGAACAAUUAAAAAGAAAACAGGACCUAAACUCGAAACCACACACAUUACAACAGAACAAAUUGAUGAUCAGGAACCAAUUACUAGCGUACACAAAACAGACGAAAUUGUCGAUGACACAAUUACACUCAUUGAACACACACAAAUCACACCAGCUGAGGCAAGACCAGUUGAAGAAAUACCGGAAAAGGUUGAGGUAACACAAGUCUUCACUGACACAGGUGAUGUCAAAACUGUGAAAACAUCAAAACGAGUCAUAAAGAAGAAGAAGGGACCCAAGGAAGAAGUUACGGAAAUUACCACAGUACAGAAAGAUGACGAGGCCCCGAUUACCACUGUUCAAGUGACAGUACAAGACACACAGGAACCCACUGAAGUCUUUGAGUUGCCUGAAGAAACAACUGAUAAAGUGGACAUUAUCGAAGGUAAGCCUACACACAAAAAGAUCACUAAACGAACAAUAAAAAACAAAACAGGACCUACACUCGAAACCACACUCAUUACAACAGAACAAAUUGCAGAUCAGGAACCAAUUAUUAGCGUACAUAAAACAGAGGAAAUUGUAGAUGACACAACCACACUCAUUGAACACCCACCAAUCACACCAGCCGAGGCAAGACCAGUGGAAGAAAUACCGGAAAAGGUCGAGGUAACACAAGUCACCACUGACACAGGUGAUGUCAAAACUGUUAAAACAUCAAAACGAGUCAUAAAGAAUAAGAAGGGACCCAAGGAAGAAGUUACGGAAAUUACCACUGUACAGAAAGAUGACGAGGCCCCGAUUACCACUGUUCAAGUGACAGUACAAGAUACAGAAGAACCCUCUGAAGUCUCCGAGUUACCUGAAGAAACAACAGAUGACGUGGACGUUAUCGAAGGUAAGCCUACACACAAAAAUAUCACUGAACGAACAAUUAAAAAGAAAACAGGACCUAAACUCGAUACCACACACAUCACAACAGAACAAAUUGACGAUAGGGAACCAAUCACAUCGAAACACAAAACACAGGAAAUUGUUAGUGAUACAGCUACACCCAUUGUACAUAUACAAAUCACACAUGAGGCAAGACCAGUGGAAGAAAUACAAGAAAAUGUCGAGAUAACACAUGUCAUCACUGACACAGGUGAAGUAAUUUUUAAGGAAAAGGAUCCCAAGCUAGUAGUGACGGAAAUCAUCACAGUACAGAAAGAUGACAAGGUCCCGAUUACCACUCUCCAAGUGACAGAACGAGACACACAAGAACCCACUGAAGUGCUCGAGUCAUCCGAAGAAACAACUGAUAAAAUGCACGUAAUCGAAGAUAUAAUUGAUGAACCCACAACAGCUUUUGUACACAAACUUGAAAAGCCAAAAAAGAAGAAAGUCAAACCAGAAACAAAAGUAGAAGUUAACGUUAAUAAGAACGAAGAUAAGGAAGAAACUUUACCUUUACCUACUGAUUCUAAAAAAUCAAUGCUUACACCAAUGAAAAUUGAAGAAGUGAAUGUUGAAAUGAGUGCAGCACAACACGCACAAAAUAUUGAAAGUCCUCAAUUCACUCAAUUAAAACUCAAGAAACCGUCACCAAAACCAAAACAAGAAACAACAGUUGUUACAAUACCUAAAUUUCAACUUAAAAGCCGUAUCCGUUACAUAAAUGAUUGGCCACCUAAAGAACACAAACCAGUUUUAUCAUUUUUAGGCAGUGUUAGACAAAACGGAGAAUUGUCUAGAAACAUAAAAGAAGCCGCUAAAAUUAAGAAGAAACCCAUAAAAUUAAAGCCAAUUCCUGAUAGUGGUCCAGUUGAAUUGGAAACACCAGAACAAUACGAAUUCUCGAUCCAAAAAGCAGAAUUUGUACCUGAAACUAAACACGUGGUAAAUGAGAAGGAUAUCACUACAGAAUUAACCGAUAAAGAAAUAAAAGAAAAAGAUAACAGCGCCGAUAAAAAUAUUGACCAAAAUAAAACAAUUGUAAAACAGAAAUCUGUUGAACCACCUGUGUCUUUACCAGACCUAGAAAUGAACACAGUUAUUGAACGGAAAGAACCAGAAGAAGUUAAUUUGGCGAUUGAAAAUCCAAAUGAAGACUUACAAAUAACAGAAAACGUAGGUAUCAACACCGUGCAUAAGCCGAAUAAAAUCAAAAAGAAAAAGCCAACGAAAUCUGUUGAUAUGCCAAAAGAUGUUAGUGAUAUACCUCUGGCAACAACAUCGCCAGUGAAAACAGACUCAAUUUUAGAAAAACCUGAAAGUGAUUUUAUUCAAUCCGGCGGCAUACUUUCAGAAGAAGAAGAAAAUGUUGGACUAGACGAAAUAAUACCUUAUACUGCCGAAGAAGAUAUAGCAAAAGAUAUUGUAGAAAAUACAAUACCUGCUGAAAUUAUAUCAAAACCCAAUAAAAAGCCAAAAAGAAAACCAAAACCACAUGAUGAAGUAUUCACUAAAGAUGACCAACGUGAACAUGAACAAAAGUCAAAAGAACCUGUACCAUCUAUAAAAUCACCUGAAAUAUCACAGCAUACCAAAGAAUCUAAAACACCUUUUGAAACCAAUGAAAAGAACCAGGUAAUAAAAGUACCCGAGAAAACAGAUCAAGAAGAAAUACCUGAACAAAUUUCAAAUAUCGAAGAUUUGCCGAAACUACAAGACAAAUUAACUAAAAAGAAGCUUACUCCUAUCACAAUUGAAAGGAAAACUAUGGAGAUUAGUAAGCCACAGCAUGCAGAAAACGUCGAAAGUCCACAAUUCACGAAGCCGAAAUUAAAGAAAACAGUGACGAAACUACGUCAUGAUACUCCCUCUGUAACAUUACCCAAAUUCCAACUAAAAAGUAGAAUUAAAUAUGUCAAAGAUUGGCCACCACAAAUCACAGAACCGUUAGUGAGCUUCAUUGGAAGUGUCCGACAGAAUGGUAUAUUGUCCCGAAAUGUUAAAGAAGCAGCAAAAAUUAAAAAGAAAAUAUAUAAACAACCUAAUUUACCUGAAAUAGAGAAAACAGAAUUAGAAAAGCCUAUGUUUGGAUAUGAAGAUAUUGCAGCAAGUAAAAGGCAGGAUAGUAUUGAAGACACAAAAGAAACCGAAGAAAGCGAAAGAGAUGAACCUGAACAAUAUACAAUCAAACCUAGACGCCCCAGUGUCAAAAAAACAGAGGAUAUUGUCGACGAAAUUACCAUAAAAAAGAAACUAAAACCUGUAAGAAAAGCCUCUUUAACAUUACCAGAAGUAACAGAACCAGAAAAUGUUACAUUUAGACCGAAAACUACAAAAACUAAAGAAGAUGUAGAACAAGAAUUUAACAUACAAUUAGAUUCAUAUGCAGAAGAAGAAAUUUCUAUGUCAAGCAAAGUAAAGCUGAAACCACAAAGACAGCCAACGUUUAACGAAGAAGCCAAUGAAGCUUCGAUCAAGUUUUAUGAAGAAAAUGAAGGACCAGAUAUAGUCGAAAUAAUUGACAGUGAUGUGGAUGAAGACGAAACAACAAAUGUCAUGAUGCCACUUAAAAAACCUAAAACGAGAAAAGAGCCAACGUCUGAAGAAAUAAGUUCCAAUAUAACGUUAUCGAAACCAAAAAAUAAACAAAGACCUCAAGAAAUAGUAGAAGAUGUUAGUUUCAAAAUAGAACAGAAACCAAAGUAUGUUAUUGAUGAUCAAGAAGAAGUAACAUUUGAUGUAAAAUCGCAAACUGAUCAUUUCACACAAGAAGAAUUGUCACUUUCAAGUAAAAUAAAACUUAAACCCAAGAAAAAGGUGACCGUGGCUGAAGCCGCUGACGAAACCUCUAUACAAUUAACUAGAGAGAUCGAAGAUGACAAAGAACCUGAAGAAAUUAUUAUAAGUGAAGCGGAUUCAGAUGAAAAUGUUGAAAUGUUUAUUAAGCGCCGGCCUAAAAAGCCAGUGUAUGAGGUGAGUGAACUAGAAGAAUUGAGCAUCGAACUUAAACCAAAGAAAAUAAAUGACGACAUAUAUGAAGAAGAGCAACUGACUAUAUCGGCCAAGAAAAAACCUCGGAAACCAUCCAGUCUGCAAGAAGCUGACGCAUCCAUGAGUAUUGCGAGAGAGCAAGACUUUCCAGAAACUUCACUCGAUGUACGUAGUGGGGACACUGUGUUUGCGGUGUAUUCCUAUGUGGCCGAAACAGAUGAAGCAAUAAAUCUUGUAGAAGGAGAGAGGCUUUACAUUCUUGAAACUACUAAUCAAGACUGGUGGUUCGUACGAAAACAUCUAACUGAAGAAAAAGGGUGGGUUCCAGCCCAAUAUCUUAUGGAUGAGGUCAAUUAUACACUUUACCUACAAAAGAAACUCAAUGAAAAGAUCGACAAACUCCCUGUGUUUGAAAAACCUACAUCUGAAGAAAGAGCAAUAGCUCCCAUAUUUGUAGAAAAAUUGCGUCCAAAACAUACACCAGAUGGAUCAACUGUUCAAUUCGAGUGCCAAGUUGAGGGCUAUCCUAGGCCUCAAAUUACUUGGUUUAGGCAAACAGCUAUUAUUAAACCUUCGCAAGAUUUUCAAAUGUACUAUGAUGAUGACAAUGUAGCAACUCUAGUAAUACGCGAGGUUUUCCCGGAAGAUGCAGGAACAUUUACUUGCGUAGCUAAAAAUGCAGCAGGAUUUGCAUCUAGCACCACUGAGUUAAUUGUCGAAGCUCCUUUGUCAGAUCAUGGAUCAGAAAUGACAAUUUUGUCCAGAAAGAGUCUGUCCCGAGAAUCCUCAUUAGCUGAUAUCUUGGAGGGAAUUCCUCCCACUUUCUCAAAAAGGCCAAAAGCUCAAUAUGUUGAUGAAGGUUCACAAAUAUUCCUAGAAUGUAGGUUGGUAGCCAUACCAGAGCCGGACAUAGCUUGGUUCUUUAAAGGAGAAGAAAUUAUACCCGACGAAAACGUUUCUGUAGCAACUGAAUCAGAUAUGCAUAUGUACUGCAGUGUACUUAAGAUAUCAAAUGUCAAAAAAUAUCAAGAAGGUACAUAUACCGUAGUAGCUGUGAAUAGAGAAGGCGAAGCAAAUUUACCGAUUGUUUUAAAAAUAAAAACUGGUCAAAAAGAGAAGCCCCAGGUUAUUGAACCUUUAAAGAAUAUGACUAUCAGAGAAGGGGAAAGUAUUGUGCUUACCACACAAGUAGUAGGCAACCCGGAACCAACAGUACAGUGGUUCAAAAAUAAUAAACCUCUAAAGUCACUUACCACAAAGUCAGACGGUGAAACACAUACUCUUACUAUUAUUAAACCAAAAAGAGGAAAGGAAGAUGGAGUUUACACUCUUAAAGCAUCCAAUUCAGAAGGUUCUACGGAAACAAGCGCAGUUAUUACUAUAGAAGAACCAACAGAAGAAAAUGCCGAACCACCUCUUUUCAUAAACAGAUUCCAAGAAAUUACUGUGAAAGAAAAUGGAACAAUCAAACUUACAGCGAAAGUGACAGGCAAUCCUGUACCAAUUAUAACAUGGUAUAGAAACAAUGAAAUUCUUGUUCCAUCACAAACAAUCACACAAACAUUUGACGGAGAAAAUAUUGAGUUAAUAAUUACAAAUGUGGACUCCGAAGUGGAUUCAGGUGAUUAUAAAUGCGUAGCUUCAAAUAGCGCAGGAAAAGCAUCUCAUGGAGCAAGGGUUACUAUUGAUGUAGAUAAGGUUACUUUUGUCAAGAUACUUAAAAAUACUUACCAGAUAGAAGAAGGAAAAACAGUCGUUUUAGAAUGCCAAACAUCUCAUACUGUCUCAACUAAAUGGUAUCAUAAUGACAAAGAACUAAGUGGUAUGGACCAUAGAGAACUCAUACAAGAAGGCAGAAUACAUAAACUAAGAAUAAAGAAAACAAAGUUAAGUGACAUUGGAACCAUAAAAUGCAGAGUAAAGGAUCAAGAAACAAGCGCUAAACUUAUGGUUCAUGAAACCAUACCUGAAUUUAUUCGUAAACUACAAGAUUUCGAAGUUAAGGAAAGAGAUGUAGCUAUUUUAGAAGUUGAAAUAUCUUCAGAAACUGCAGAUGUAUUUUGGGAAAAAGAUGGAGAAAAAAUCAUGCCCAAGAAAAGCAAAUAUGAACUUGAAAAACGGGGAAAUGUGAGAAAACUUCUUAUUCGAAAUACUUCAGUUCACGAUGAAGGAGAAUAUACGUGUAUUUUACGCGAUGAAGCAUGUUCAGCAGAAGUAACGGUAGUGGAAUUACCGCCUGAAAUCAUAACUCGUCUUCAAGAUCAAAAUGUCAGUAAAGGAAACAAAGCGUCUUUUGAAAUUGAGCUAACCAAAGGUGAUGCUUUAGUUCGAUGGUUCAAAAAUGGUAAAGAAAUCCAAUUUUCUAAUCAUAUGCAGCUGACAAUAGAUGGGAAGAAACAAAAGCUAAAAAUAUAUGAAUGUCAAUUGUCAGAUGCUGGAGAAUAUGCUUGUGAAGUAGGAAGUGAUAGAUGUACAGCAAAACUUACCGUGGAGGAGCCAUCAAUAGAUUUUAAACUACGACUACCCGAUGUUAUUGUGGUUCCUGCAAACACAGACGCAUACUUGACUGUAGAAAUACCAGUUGAAACUAUGGAAGUGACAUGGUAUAAAAAGAAAUCUAUUAUAGAAGAUACAGAGAAAUUCACAUUAAUAUCUGAUGGAAACAAACGUACACUUAUAAUACGAAAAUGCACAGAGGAAGAUCAAACAGAAUAUGUAUGUAAAUUAUUAGAUGCCAAAUGUUCGACUAAGUUAAAGGUUGAAGUUUUAGAAUUUCCUCCAAGAAUAAAUAGCUACGAAGGUGAAUAUAAGGUAAAACGAGGAACCGAUGUAAUCUUAGAAGUUAAUUAUGAAGCUAUUCCUCAACCUAAUGACGAGUGGGUAGUUAAUUCGAAAAUUAUUAAAAAAUCUAAACAUACCAAACCUUCGAUAGAUUCUAAAACAGCAAGUUUAACAAUUAAAAAAGUAGAAAAUACUGACGCAGGAAAUUACAAGCUAAGAUUACAAAAUAAUUGUGGUGAAGCAGAAGUCGAUAUUAUAGUAAUAGUUUUAGAUAUUUCUUCACCCCCCGGAAAGCCCAAUAUUUUGGAAAUUGAUAAUAAUUCGAUCAAUAUUUGUUGGGAAGAACCAGAAAAUAAAGGCUUCGCAAAUAUAAUCUGUUACAUAGUGGAAUAUCAAGAAAUAAACACAUCCGAAUGGCAGUCUAUUGAAAAUGUUACGAAAACACAUUACUCCGUAAAAAAUCUGAAAACGAAAACAUCGUAUCGGUUUAGGGUUUUCGCUGUAAAUGAAGUUGGUGUCAGCGAAUCGUCUGAUGUUACUGAAUAUAUACGCGUAGAAAAGAUUAUAAAAACUCAGCCACCAACAGUUGAAAAACCAUUGAAGGAUAUCUUUUGCGGUCCCAACGAAGAUGUAGAAUUGACUUGUAUAUUUGGAGGUAUUCCACAACCUAAAAUUUCCUGGGCUAAAGAUGGAAAAAAAUUAAAGACUGCUAAAGCUACCUACGAAAAUAGAGUGGCUACUUUAGUUGUCUCAGCAACAGAAUUAACUGAAGGAAAAUAUUCAUGCACAGCAGUUAAUGAAUUUGGAGAAGUUGAAACUAAUUGUCAACUAGAAUUGCAGCUAAAGCCUUUAGUCAGUAUUUCUGAGACUGAAAUAAGCCAAAAACUUAAAGUAGGCGAGGAAUGGUCAGUUACUGCUCAUAUAACAGGCAUUCCUAAACCAAACGUUAUUUGGUACAGAAAUGGAUUAAAAGUAGAGCCCUUAAAUCGUAUAGAAAUAGAUACUAAUGACAACUAUUCAACGAUCAAAGUAUCGCAAUUGGAACGUACGGACUCCGGUAAAUACACGGUAGAGGCCCAAAAUAAAGCUGGAGUAUAUUCUAUAGAAACCUCAUUAAAAGUUUAUGAUAAACCAAGCAAACCGGAAGGUCCAGUAAUAAUGCGUGAAAUAAGUCGAGAAUCCGUGACAAUCGAAUGGAAGCCACCCUUGGACGAUGGUGGCUUGGAGUUAACGAAAUAUGCAAUAGAAAAACAUGAACCUGACACGAACCAAUGGAUUAAAGUGGCAGAUGUUGAUAAAGAUGUGGACACCUACUGUAUACAAAGACUGAACGAGAACUGUGAAUAUAUGUUCCGUGUAAUGGCCCAAAAUCCUAUUGGAUUUUCGGAGGCUUUAGAGAGUGAACCCAUUGUUAUAAAGACAGCUCUGGAUGUUCCUUCUCCACCACUGGGACCACUGGGACUGUAUGGUAUUGGCAGUGACUCUUUGACCAUUACUUGGUACCCUUCAGAGAAAAAUGGCGGGUCUCCUAUUAUUGAUUACAGAAUUGAAAUAAAACAAGAAGGCAAAAAUUGGAAACACGCUGCUACAGUUAGUGAGACGAGAGCAAAGAUAGAAAAAUUGUCACAAAACACAACGUAUCAGUUCAGAAUAUGUUCAAGAAAUGAAAUUGGUACCAGCCUGCCAUAUAUCUCCGAUGAGAAAAUUGUAAUGGGAAUAUCUCUAUCGCCACCAUCACAACCAUUGAACUUUGUUGUUCGAGAUAUGACCUCCAGAUCUGUUACUCUUCAAUGGACUGCGCCAGAAAGCGAUGGUGGAAGUGUCAUCACAAAUUAUAUAAUAGAAUAUAAGACGGUAAAAGGCAAAUCAUGGACUAAAGCCGUAACAGUAAGCGGGUCUGUGCACGAACACUGCAUAGAGAACAUAAAGGAGAAAGAAGAAUUGGUUUUCAGAAUAUCUGCUGAAAAUGCUAUCGGUGUAAGCUUACCAACAGAGUCCCAAACUGUCCGAUUGGAAAAGCAUGCAACCGUACCAUCACCGCCGACGGCCCCGCUGGAAAUUAGAACAGUGGGUAACAACAUAGUCAUGACAUCGUGGGGCACACCUGAAUGGGACGGUGGUGCGCCUCUGCUUGGCUACAACAUCGCCAUACGAGAUGUCACUAAAACGAUGUGGAUGGAAGUUGGAAAGGUCGACGCACACACUCUUAAAUUCAAUAUCCGCGACUUGAGUGAAGAUCACACUUACAUGAUAAGGAUAUAUGCUCGCAACGAGAUCGGACUCAGUGAGCCACUCGAGUCCGAUGAACCCUUUAAAGUAUUGCCUGGUGAAGACUCUCAUGCCGACGAGGAGCCAGGGGAACACACAGAAGCAACGGAACCAACGUCGUUCAGCACACAAACUACCACCUCGUGGCUUCGAGACCACAACAUGGACGCUGAUAUACGAUCCUACGCUCGUGGCUCAUUACUUCGGCGUGACGAAUACUUCUUCAGAAUAUGGCACUAUGCUAAACAACUUUUUAAGUGAUGCAGUCAUGCACCCACUAAGUUGACCUGUGAUAUUUAACGACAAAUUGUUUAUAGUUGGCGGAUAGCUUUAAACAUGUUCUUAAAAAGAGACAGUGCGUCCAACCUCGAACUCCUUAAUUUUAUAAUUUUCUAAAUACGAUUUUUUACUUUGCAAUAUAAGCUUUCAUACAUGUAUUCUAGUUAAGAAUUAAAUUAUUUAUUUAUUUAAUUUAUUAUGUACAUCAAAUAAAUGAUAAUCAGGUUUAAACCUCAUUCAAUAUAUAAAGGGAGACGUUUUUAAUAUAGGUGCAAAAUAAUAAUUCGACAAAUUGAAUGAGCUUUGAAUAUGAUUAUCGUUUUUAACAAAAUAAAAAUGUUAAACAAUAAUUAGAACAUACUAAAAAUA